CGCCUCCCCGCCUCCCGUGUGAGACAGCAGGAGGAGCGCCCGCCGCCUCAGGAGGAGUAGCCACCCCGCCGAGCCGCAGUAGCCGCUCGCCUCCAUUACCGCCGCUCUUCUUACUGCUGCUGCUGCUAUUAUUGUUGUUAUUGCCUCCUCCUUCCCCUGCCGCCGCCGCUUCCCCGGCCGGCCAUGCCGUCUCGGGCAAGGUAAUGAGCCGCAGAGCCCCGGGGUCUCGGCUGAGCGGCGCUUCUUCCUCCGGCACCAGGCAGCACUAUCACCCGCGGAGCUGGAAUGACUGGCAACCCAGGUGGGCGAGCGGGCAGGCGGGUGUCUUCUAUGGCGGAGGCGGCGCGGCCUAGGGUCUGAGGGCAGCGUGCGGGUGCCUCCCUCGCUCCCCUCAGCCUUGGCAGGGGUCGGGCGAGGGAGGAGGCCCUGAGGCAGGAAGGGAGCCGGCCGCCCGGGGUGGGGUGGGGGUUGAAGGAAAGUUGCCCUCUCAUGCGCCCACCCGCCGCCACGGCAGGGCUCGCCUGGCGCGGCCUAGCGCGGAGAGGGAGAGGCUGGCCGCUUUGGCCCGUGUUGGGGAUCGUCGGAGCGGGAAGGAGGAGGUGGCAGGAGACGGGGGAAGCCCUUGCAAUUUCUCUCCCUCGCGGCCUACGAGGGAGGGAGGGAGGGAGGUCGCGGGGUUUCUCCUCCCGCCGCUUCUUCGGGUUGGUUUUGAGGCCUAGGGAGGUUUAAAGCGGGUGGGCAAAUGUGUGUGUGGAAUCCCACCCCAUUUCUUCCUCUGUUCCUUUCUUAUGUCUGUGUCUCUCCGCCUCCACCCUUGUUGGCAGGGCCUCCGUGGAGAUACUGGUUCCGGGUACGUGUGUGUGCGGGGAAGUUUGCUUUCACUCUCUCUCUCUGCAUGUGUGUGACAAACCCAGUGCGCUGGUUGGAGGUAAUAGGCCCCGUGCGUGGUGGGGUUUUCCUAAUUCAUAGACCUUUUUUUUCUGGGGUGGGAAAGAGGAUUUGGCAUGGGGUGGGUGGGAAACUUGUAUAUUGGGGGGAGUUUUUGUACUAAGAGGUCCUGCCUAGGAGGUUGAACUCGGUGGCUUUUAUGUACCAUCCCAUCCAGAUGUGAUUCUACGAGUGGGUGGGAUAAUUUAUAGAGAGGCACACACCCCUCUUUGCCAGUUGAGGAAUAAUAAAUAUUAAUGGGCUCUGCAUGAGCUGAUGCCAUAACAAAUGCUGCAGUAGAGCAAAAGCAUGAAAUACAGCAUUUAUACCCAAAGUAGAGGACUUUGGGUUGGGAUAGGUAGCAUAUGGCCUUCCAGAUGUUGCUGGACUCUCAACUAAAAUGAUCUCUGGCCAUGCUGGCUGGAGCUGAUGGGAGUUAGGAUCCAGCAACAUCUGGAGGGCCACAGCCUUCCCAGCCCUUGCGCCAGGUACCGUUUCUAUGCACGUUCCCAUCCUCUGCUUCUGCUGUUCUCCUUCCUAUGAUUGAUGGAAUUUGAAUUAAUUGUUCAUUGGAUGCCUUCAUCCACUGGGUUAAUUUCACAGGACUUUGGAGUUGCAACUUUGUUGUCUAGAUGGUAACUUGUUGAUACUGUCUAGACAUAAGGAAGGCCUGGUGACUUGUGUCAAGGGUUUAGUGUCUAGUUCAAAAUGCAUUUACAGUACUUGAAAGGGUUUGUAACUAUUAACUCUUAAAUUUGGGUUUUUUAGAUUGCUUAUGAAGCUGUUAGAUUUUACAUUGAAUCUAGUAUUUUAAAUGGGUGAUAAAAUUAAAUCCUUAAUGGUUCGGAUUUUCUAUUUUUAAUUUUAAAAUUUGUCAUAAUUUGGUCUAAUAUGUUCACUAUACUUAGGUACUCAGGACGUAUCUUUUCACUUGUGGCACAUUGGUGACAUCAAAGUGCAUGUAGGCUGUGGUGCUAUACACACUUAUUUGAGUUCUGUUAAACUCUAGGACUUCGGAAUAGAUGUUUAUAGGGUUAUGCUAUUUGUAUCGAUGUUAAAGAAAUGGAUGUGAGGUGAUAAUGUCAUGUACCUAAAUGAUGAUAAUAUUUAUUUAUUUUAUUUAUUCCACACCAUUUAUAUGCUGCUUGUUUGUUUUAAGACCUCUAAGCAGUUUACAAAAAAUAAACAUUGGUUCUGUUCCACAUUUUCAGGUAUGUAAAAAUAAUAGUUCAGUUUUGCUUGUCAAUAAUAUUGAGAUAAAUCAUUUGACACCUCCAUAAAGGGCAAAUGAGUUUUGUACUGCAAAUUAGUAUCCAAGGAACUACAGUGGUACCUCAGGUUAAGUAAGGUUAAGUACUUAAUUUGUUCCGGAGGUCCGUUCUUAACCUGAAACUGUUCUUAACCUGAAGCAGCACUUUAGCUAAUGGGGCCUCCUGCUGCUGCUGCGCUGCCGGAGCCAGAUUUCUGUUCUUAUCCUGAAGCAAAGUUCUUAACCUGAAGCAUUAUUUCUGGGUUAGUGGAGUGUGUAACCUGAAGCGUAUGUAACCUGAAGCGUAUGUAACCCGAGCUACCACUGUACUUGGGCAUGGCCAGUGUGGUUUUUUGAGCACUAAGAAGAGCAGGUCCCCAUGUCAUACCACAGUCUGCUCAUGAAAGUCCCCUCAGUUUAAAAAAUGAUUUGCUAUGUGACAUGUGGGGUUACUGUUAAAAAGAAACAUGUUAGGUUUUUUCCCCUUCAAAAAAACUGGAUACUUAUCUCUUGGUCUCUAAUUUUCCCAGUAGCAUUUAUUUAGUGGUGUAGUGGUUAGAGUGUUGGACUAGGACUAGAGAGUCAACAAUAGAGAGUGCAGGACAUGAGAUUGCUCCUAAAGCCAACACUGCUAAACUGCAACAUAGAGGGGUUUGUUUGUAAGGCAAUAACAGUGUUAAACAGAAUGUUGCUAAUCUUUUUGAAUAAUGGAAAGAGAGAAGUUAUAAAUUAAUGAUGAGAGGCUAAACUGAAGGCACUGUAUAAAUAAAAUUGCCUCAAUGUCAUAAUCGCAUUUGAGAAAAAUCACUUAAAAUGCAUGUUGGCAACAAGCUUGAUGUAAUCGGUCCGAGAACCAACUUCAUCCUCCAGUUUGAAUGUAUUGUAAAUGAAGUACAAACUUUCAUGCCUCUGUCAUUCAGGAUAAGGACUUAAGGUGAAUUGUCAUAGCUUUUGUUGUGGAGGCUUAUACUGUGGAUGUAGAUUCAAUUCCAGACAUCCCUAGGUAGGGCUCCAGGAGUUGCUGCUGUCUGAAACAAUGGCAAGGUGUUUGAUAGUAGAUGUUAGUGACUACUAGGCUGGGUGAUAUGUCAGUAAAACUGGUUUGAAGUCCAUAUCAUGAUACUGGUCUCAUAAUUUUUGACCUGGCAAUAUACAUGUGUCUGUGCUAUGCAAAAAUCACAAUGUGGGGAAAACCGUGGAGCCAGCCAAUGCAGCCCUUGUUAAUUCUGUCGGCUCAGCUCUCCCCAACCUCCUGCAGGGGGCAGCAAAUCACAGGCGCAAGCUCUGGAAAAAUCACAAUGUGGGAAAAACCAGGAAGCCAGCCAACACCUCUACAUAGCUCCAUUCUUAUUUCAGACAUCGUGAUAUAUUGGUAUAUCACUCUGUUUAGGUGAUGAUAUAUUACGAUGUUGAAAACCAGUGACUACAUGAAAUAAAGAUAUAAAAAUUUAUAAAUUUUGAGGCUGUGGGGAGGAAACUUUCCCCAGGAAAAAAAUAGAAAUUUUGGGAAACAUUGAAAUAUGUGCAGUACUUUCUUAUCAGACUUAAAGGUAGUUUCCUGUUUUAACAAAACAAAAGGUAUCAUUUAUUAUAUAAAAUUAUUGUAAUAUUAAUUUAUUGUAUUUUAAAUUAUGUUUUAUUACAUGUGAACAACCUGUCUGUCUAUAUAUGAUCCACUCUUCUUACUGGAGCUUAUGCCUAGUAAGCAAACAUAGGAUUGAAUCCUAAAAGGAUAAAUACCUUAGUUUUGCAGCAGGGUGUCUUCCCAAGAAUCCUUUGAUGGUAGAGGUGAAAAGUUGACCACAAGGGAGGGAAGAAGGACAGCUUCCUAAUAUCUCCAAAUUAGGUCACCAGAGAAGGCAAGCAGCAAUUCACGAACAAUGUAGGCCCUUUAUGUUCCUUUCUUGAAAAGGGCAGCAUCUUUUAGAUGCAGAAAUACGUAUUGGAUUUCACUUGACUUGUUGUAGACAUCUACAAUCUUCAAAGAAAUUAUCAGUCUCUAAUCUCUUCAUACCAUACACUUUGAGUGGGUAAAACAUUGUCCUAGGCAGCCUCCUAAGUUCUGCUCAAGCGAGAAAUACUAGAGAAUGCUUCACUUGAUAUGGUUGAUCUACAUGUUACUACAUUGAUAGAAGGGUCUUUGGGUAAUGUUGUGAAGAGGGCCAUUUGUGUGGUGAACUUUUCAAUAAACUAUUGAUAACUCACCAUAACCAUUAACCAUUGAAAUUGCAUUCCCACUAAAGGCUCUAGCUUAAAUUCCAGGCAUUUCCAGGAACAUUUUAAGUUUGCUACCUUUUUGCUGGCCCUGUUUCUUUAAUUGCAGCCUGGCACAGGUUAUACAGGUGAAGUUUUUCUUAGAGUGGAGAAAAGCAAUGGGAAAAGCUUCUUCUGCUAGUUUCCUAAUUGUCAAGCUGCUGUCAAAGGCACAGGAGCAGUACCAGUUAAAAAAGAAAGAAAAUGGUAAUCCUAGUAAUUGAUCCUCAUACAUAACUCACUACUACUUCUUCACUCUGUUAUGCCUUAUUACAUAUCUUUUGAUGUCCUCUGUUCCUGCCUUCCUCUUUUUAGCAGCUUCAGGAAAGCCUUUUUCAUCUAGAAAAUUCAGCUGCAUGCCUCUUGGCUCUGCAUAUGGUUUCCCUCUUCUUUUGCAAUCAUGGUUGUCAGUACAAUAUUUGCUAUGGAAGCACUUUUCCUUCUUCCAUAGAUAAUUCCUGUCCAUAUAGUAGCUGUGCUGGAUAAACAUUUUUGUAGCUUUAUUUUUCUGUGUGUGCGUACUGUAUUUUUGUAGAAUAGUAAAAUUAAGUUUCUACUUUAAAAAUCCUAUUUCCUUGGAUAUGUUUAUAGUAAACCGAGAGACAAAGCCAACCUCCACUCAGGCUGUGACUUUCCCUUUUUAGUAUCUUUGUGGGUCAUAUGAUGGUGUGAGGAGUAGCAGGGGUUAGGGUAAACAUAUACUUCAUUUAGGAACUGUCACAACUUGCUCUGCAGCAUAGCAGCACUUAGAAUGGAGUUUUAUCAUUUUUGAAGGCAAAAUGUCAUGUGUUAAACCUGCCAUUUUUUAACAAACACACCAUUUAAAGCACAAUGGUUGCAUGUUCUUCAGAAGAUGCGGUCUCAAAGCUUCUCUUUUCAAGAGAACAUGUAAUGACUGCCACUGAAGAAUACAUUUGUUCCACAAAUUUUAGACUUCUGAACAAAUUCUCCAUCUAGCACCAGUUUGAGAUCAUCUUGAGAUGUUCUCCUCUCUCUUUUCCUUUUAAAAUAAGGAGGGUCUCCUGGGUCUGUCUUAUGGAUGGGUUAAAAACCUAGAUGAGUUUGUGCAUCAAGGAAAAAUAAUCACUCUUCUAGUAAUGUUGAGGUUGUGUCAAAUAUUACUUUCAGUUCUCCACAAAACUGCUGUUAAAGUGGGUAGUAUUGGCUUCCUGUUCUUACUAUGUUUGCAGAGCCAAGGAUGUAGUAUGGUUAUGAUGUUGUAGCUGAUGUGGUGAGCUCUAGGUGUUGUGGACUGCAACUUCCAUCAGUCCCAACAUGGCUAGUGAGCAUGAGCAUGGAUGAUGGAAAUUGCACUUCACAACACGUGAAGGGAAGUAGGAUAUCCCUGGUCUAUAAUAGCUCAAUAUCAUAUGUAAAAUAAAGAAAGAAUGGAAGUAUCAGUGUGCUAUAGUUUAAACUGUCAGUGUGACAGUUUAAUGAGAGAAAUAAUAAUAAUAAUUUUAUUAUUUAUACCCUGCCAAUCUGUCUGGGUUUCCCCAGCCAUUCUGGUCGGCUUACAGCAUAUAUAAAACAUAGUAAAAUAUCAAACAUUAAAAGCUUCCCAAUACAGAACUGCGUCUAGAUGUCUUCUAAAAGUUAUGUAGUUAUUUAUCUCCUUGACAGCAAAUCUUACAUGUAGCUAGAGGGGGAAAUUGCAUUAUAGUGGUUCAGUUCAUUAGAUGGCAAAAUGCGAAUUAUUAACUACAGUUAGAAAUAAGACAUUACUGAAAAUGCAUGGCAGUUAUUGAAAAUACAUUGUCAGCUGCUCUUUUCAACUCGCUUUGUGUGGGGGAAAAAGAAUGGAUGAUAUCAGAUGUUAUGCAAGAGGAAGAAAUGGGAGUUCUUUCCCCUGCAGCCCCUCCAAAUCUGCUCUGGAGGGUCCUCUAGCACUCUAGAGCAGAUUUGGAGGGAUGGGGGUUAUGGAGAGGAAGGGGAAGUUCCAUUGCUCUAGAGGAAGUCACUUCCGCUCAUGAAUGGGCAGAAUUGAACAUCCCCCAAUGUGUGCCUUAAUGCCUUCACUAUUCCAUUCUCCUGUACAUGGCAGCCAGUGAAGUUGGUCAGGGAGAAUUUGAAUAAGAUGACUUGUAUCAUUUGUUCAUUUUGCUGCAUGUUGUAAGAAACAAAUCCAGGGAAUUGAGCGCUAUCACACCAUCAAUGGCUGUCAUUUUUGUUGUCUCUUGGAGAUUGAAUGUGUUGGGUAUUAAGAUGCACAAGCGAAAGUCUUACAUGUGUUGGGUUGUAGCUAAGGUGCCUUGUGUGGGCAGAUAGGACUUCACCUUGUACAAGGCAAUCCUCCCUGCACUCCUGUUUUGGCAAUUCUUCACUCCUACUGGAAGCCCUAUUCUGCAACUUUUCAGAGUUUCUGGUUGGUUGAAUAUUUAUAUAUGGUAGAUGUGUGUUUUGUCUACCUCUAACUAAGGACACUGUGGGACAUUACUAAUGUGAAAUUGACUUGGUUUGUUUUGUAUCCUAUUAUGUGUUGCAUUAUAUAUUACAAGAGAUCAAAUGAGUUAAGGUGAGCAGUUUUAUUACAAACAAGGAAGAGUAUUGUGGCAUUUAAAGACUAACAAAUUUAUCAUGGCAUGAGUUCUUUAUUAUUGUGAAAUGCAUUCGUGAGGAGAGGUGAACUGUGCUGCUUUGGGAUUUUUCCUCCAACAAAAGAAUGCUAACAGAUACUUGUAAAAUUCAGAAGCUUCAGUUCUAGUGGUCUCUAGCAACCACAGAAUUUGGUUUGGAUCCUCAUUUGGCAUUUGGGAAACAGCCUGAUUUUGUUCGAAGCAGUUUGGAGACUAUCCAAUUUGGCUUGCAGUCUGAAGUUGAAUCAGAGUUGGAUGAAAUUUGCAGGCGUUGUAGCCCCUUCUGAGAGGACGAAUCCUGUCAAAUUUCAAGGGCAACCUUUACAAUUUUAGGGUGAUUAAAAAGGGAUUCACCUAAUUUCCCCUAUUAUAGGGCAGUUUCUAUGGAAAUAACAUACAUCAAAGAGGUUCUUCCUAGAUAAGAAACCUGCCAAAUUGCAGACAAAGCGGUCUAGUGGUUUUAAGGUUGCUUUUUUAGUGGGGGGGGUAAAAUAUCCUCCUCCCUCCCUGUGGUUUACGAGCAACAGUUUUACUCUGAAUAUGGAACAUAGAUCUUAGAGGUGUCACUAUGAAGGCAAACUGCCAAAUUUCAGGAGGAUGGUUGCAUGGGGUAGGGAUUAAGAACUCAAAAAACAGCUUCAGGCAUGUGUUCUGCUCAGUUGGUACCAAAAGACGCAGAAACCAAGUGCAAACAGAUUAGAUAGAAGUGGAUGUGUGAGCAUGUAACAGACAUAGAAUGACUUGAAUGCCCAGCAUUUUCCAAGCAAACGCCAUGAGCAGAACUAACAGAGCACAGAACAAUCAAGAAGAUACCUUUGCCAAAGCGAAGAGCCCUGGUAAAACCAUUAUCUCAGAGUAGAAGCUAGACAUAUCAGUCUUAUAAGAGACCUCUCUUCACUUUCUCCUCACUUUCUGUUUUCUUGGCAAGCAGGCUGUGGGGAAAAUGUUUCUGUUUCUUCAGAUAUGCUGUCUGCAGCUUUUUUUUUUUUAAGCACCUCUGAAUCUCUGAAGUACUCAGAAUCAAUUUCGUGGUCCUCAGUUCAGGGUGCUUUGAAAGAUCCAGUUUUGGGCUCAGAUAAGCCAUGAAUCUGUCUGAAGUGGCCCGCUUUGGUCUUGUAAUUCAUCUGAAUCUGAUGCAUAACCCAGUGUUGGGUAUUGAACACUUUAAAAGGUGAAGGUUUACUAAAGUGUCAGAUUUGAUCAUCAUUUGUAUAUAUUUUGUUUUUAAGGUUGAUAAUGGAUAUAGGAUUCUGAGAGAGCAGCUCUGCUAGAUGAGAGCUUACGACUACUAAAUCAUGGUGGCACUUAAUCAAAAUACUUUUUGUUAGUGGGCAGAGGGGGGUAUGGGGAGCUGAGGAACCUGUGAUGUCAAACACUGACACUGGGGAGCUUUUUAUAUUGGCCACGUCUGAUGUUGAAAGUCCUUCCAUGCAGGGUGGAACUGUGUAAACUUCCAUGUUACAUCACUGAUGCAUGUAUUUCACUGGCCUAAAGUGUGGUGGAAUAGAUAUGUUCAUCAUGCUAGGUCAAUAUUUGGUUUUUAAAAGGCGUUUCCCAUAUGGGAAUGCAUCUCACAUAGCUGCAUAAUAUUUGAGUCUCCCUUCUCUAAUAAUAAUUCAUAAUUUUCUCUGUCUCUUUUUAUAUGGUGAAAACUUGAGGACUGUUGAUAAUUUGACCUGACUUGUUUAGGGAAGCUUUUAAUGUUUGAUGUAUUACAGUAUUUUAAUAUUUUGUUGGAAGCCGCCCAGAGUGGUUGGGGAAGUCCAGCCAGAUGGGCGGGGUAUAAAUAAAUAAAUAAAUUAUUAUUAUUAUUAUUAUUAUUAUUAUUAUUAUUAUUAUUAUUAUAGCAUUGAGAAGUUGUUAGCUGUGGGCUUUCCUGUUAGCAAAGCAUAUAAACUUAGGUUUCUGCAGGUUUAUCAUUUGUAGGCGCUCUUUAAGUUUUUACAGGUUUUACUCCACUGAAAAUUAGUUCUUAACACCUAGUGCUUUUGCUGUGUCCUUGAUGCACUUUUAGCUGAUGCCGCAAUAAAUUAAAUACAGAAAUAGGUGGUGCUGACCUUCUCCUCAUACAGGUGCUUAACUCGCUUGUUACCUUGAUGAAUUUUUCACUGGGCCAGAGAUGUUUUAUCAGCUGGGACUCCGCUUAUCAGAUUGUUAAGCCACAGGGAGAAUUCAUAUGUUCCACAAGCUAGUGAAUACUUCUCCACCCUUCCAACCUUUCCUAUUUAGAGAUCAGAAAUUCUAGAAAUAUGGGAAUAGUAAGGGCCAAAUCGGAGCAGAGCACUCGCUUAAAACAUUUCUCUUUUUGCAGAACUGACAGUGUAUCAGCUGACCAAGAGAAUUUAAAAUACUCUUCAUCCAGAGACCGGAGUAGUUCUUCUUAUGGAUUACAAUCCUCGAAUUCAGCGGUGGUGUCUCGACAUAGACAUGAUGAUAUCAGAGUCCCCACUGACAUACAGAAUGAAGAAAAAGGUACAUAAUUUAUCUUCAUAGGUAAAAAGGAAUACUGCCAGUGGAAAUAAACUAGUUUGCAGUCUAGAUCUGGGGUGGCUGACUUUUUCAACCCCAUGGUUUCAUUGAGGGUCAGCUGCUCCUCUGGAGCUGGUUGCUAGCAGUGAGCAUGCCGAGUGCAAUCUUGCAUGUGCGUACAUUCACCAUACACAGGUUACACAUGCAUCAAGCACACGUAUUCACACAGCUGGGGAGUGGGGUUGACUUACAGAAAUGCAGCAGGCUCUCACACAGAGUUACUCAGGCAGGCACAUGGGGCAGGUUACAACACUUAAAACACAAUAUUUGCAUUAAAGCACAAUAUUACACAAUGUUAAAAAUGGUUUAAAACAACUUAAAAUUACAGAAAUAGGGUGGGUACUAAUACUACCUUCUCUUUUGUUGCCAUCAGCUAUAUAAGUGAUCUCCAAACCCUGGUGGUGGUGUGAGUAGCAGUUAUGGGACUGGCUUUUUGAGAUCAGUGUCACAGAUUCGAGGGAGUCCUGUAUGUUAUUAUGAAGACUUGUUUCCCUAUUGAACAGAUAUAUGGGUACUCCUCUCCAAGUGUCCCCUGUGGAGAGCAUGGCUGCCUCCCCCGACCACCUCUCUCAUGAUAUGCAACCCCAUGUUUAUGCUAGACUUAUUCUCUUAAAUGAUGGUUUAAAAAACACCCAUUGGCUCAAGCACCACAAAAGCUGAGAAACUGGAAAGUAAGGUCUCUAAUGCCUUCACAGAUGUGCCCCGUGAUGAUGUUGUGCAAUGUUACAAACUAUGCUUGCUUACAUCUUACCCUUAGGCCAAAAAAUUCUUGCUUCAGUUCUCUCUUUGCUCUUACCCUGAUACAACAUGAGAAUUGCACUGUGCAUGCUUAACUUACGUGAUAAGCCUCUUCAUCCUGGGCCUCUUUACAGCUAAUUAAGAAAUAAUCACCAAACUAAAAAUGUACGCUUUGGUGUGAAUAUCCACAAAAAAGCAUUCCUAGGUCUCUAAUGUCUCUUAACUCUUAGAUCUUAAGAUAAACCAGCUACUGCACCACACUACCUCUCCACUUUGGACAGGAGCACUGUGAUGCUGGCAGUGUGGUCUAAUGGUUUUACAUGUGAGUCACAGGAUACAUUGCCACAAUUACUACCAUAUUUUUCCUUGUAUAAGAGUAGGUUCCCCCCCCCCCAAAUAAUGUCAAAUAUUAGGGGGCAUCUUAUACUCUGGGCUGUCUCCCCCCAUUUUCGUAAAUCUGAGUCCCCCAAAACAGGGGGCAUCUUAUACAUGGGGGGCGUCUUAUAGACAGAAAAAUACAGUAUCUCUCCACAUGACCUACAUCACUGGGUUGCUGUUAGUAUGAUUCUUUCCAAUAUUUAAUCCGUCUUCCUAGUGAACAUUCUGAGGGUGUUCACUGUGUGGGAAGAGGUUCAGUGUCAGGCAGUGUGUAUGUGUUUCAGUCUAGGGUGAUUGUGAGUGGGUAAGCGGGUGUGUGGGUGUUGUGUGGAGCAGUGUGGGGGGUGGCUUUUAAGUGUACAGUUUCAGUGUUUAGAGUUUCAGUGCAGGGUGGGUGUGGAGGUCUCAGGAUGGGGAAGGGAUUGCGUGAGCAUUUUCAUUUAUUGAGUUAUUUGUCUGGUUAAACAGAUGGCAUGCCACAGUUGCUGUCUCUCUACAUGACCUAGUUCAGGGGUCUGCAACCCGCGGCUCCGGAGCCGCAUGUGGCUCUUUUACACCUUUGCCGCAGCUCCGGGGUGGAUACUAGCGAGGGGAGGAGGCACAUUGUGCGCCCCGACACUCCCCACUGUGGCGGGCGCUGUACUGGCUGUGACGUCGCAUGGGGGUGGUGCGUGCAUUAGUCACGCACCGUCCCAACGUCACCUUCCCGCCCGCCCGCUACAUUGUAAGGGGCAUGUACGCUGGUCACUGCAUUGAAAGGGGGCAUGUACGCUGGUCACUGUUUUGAAGGGGAGUGAAGAACACACACACACAAAAAGGUAACUUGUUAAUUUAACGUUUAUUUCUAUGAGGAGGAGUAAUUCUGAGGGGUCAAACAAAGAAAUAAUUAAAAAAAGUGACAAAAAAGUUAUUUUUAUAAUGAUGAGUUUUGUGGCUCCCAGUUUUUUUUUCUUCAGAAACGGGUCCAAGUGGCUCUUUUUGUCUUAAAGGUUGCAGACCCCUGACCUAGUUAAAUGGUAGUUGUGAGAUGAAAUACUAAAAGAAACUCACUGUUGUCAGACCUCCUGUGGAGACAGUUUAGUGUGGGAUGGGAUAUUUGUGAAGAAGGUUUCAGUGUAAGGCAGCAUAUAUGUGGUGUUCACCAUGGGGUAGGGCGCAUAUUACAUUGCCAUAUGAGGAAAAUAGUGGGGUGAGUGCAUGCAUGUCUAUGGGGUGCAUCGUCCCCCAUGACAGUUUCUAAGGUUGUCAGAAUUAUUUAUUUUAUUCAUUUAGUGCAUUUAUAUCCCACCUUUUUCUCCAAGGACAUCAAGGUGGCACACAUAGUUAUUCCCAUCCUCAUUUAAUCUCCGUCACAACCCUGUGAGGUAGGUUAGUCUGAGAGGCAGUGACCAGCCUAAGCUCACCCAGUGAGCUUCAUGACUGAGUGGGGAUUUGAACCCUUGCCUCCCAGGUCCUAGUGCAGUACUCUAACCACUAUACCACACUGGCUCUCAAAGCCAUAUACUCCCAAAAGUUUGGUGUCCCCCUGUGUUGCUAUUGCAUCACACGGUCACAUGAGGUAUGGUAGUUUUACAAUGGGAGAGCAUGUAUAUUAAUGGGGUGUGGUCUUCCAUGAGUUUCUUGGGUUCCAAAUGUGCCCAUGGCCCCAAAGGGUUGACAAGCCCUUAUUUAACCAAUGUUAAAUAAUAUGAUAUUUCAUAACUUAAAUGAAUAGGUAACAAACAGUGAUUCAUAAACUUAAAUACCGUAUUUUUUGCUCUAUAAGACUCACUUUUUCCCUCCUAAAAAGUAAGGGGAAAUGUGUGUGCGUCUUAUAGAGCGAAUGCAGGCUGCGCAGCUGUCCCAGAAGCCAGAACAGCAAGAGGGAUUGCUGCUUUCACUGCGCAACAAUCCCUCUUGCUGUUCUGGCUUCUGGGAUUCAGAAUAUUUUUUUUCUUGUUUUCCUCCUCCAAAAACUAGGUGCGUCUUGUGGUCUGGUGCGUCUUAUAGAGUGAAAAAUACGGUAAAUAACCGUCCCUGCUAAAUGUGUCAUUCAGCUGAGAAGGACAGGUAGCUCUUAACCUUGGAAGUUUUUCAGAAACCCACAGUGCAUGGCUGUCAAGAGAAACUAACAUGGCUCUGGCACCUUUUCUUCUAGGUGGCUACAGUGUCAAUGGAGGAUCUGGGGAAAAUACUUAUGGUCGGAAGUCGUUGGGGCAAGAGCUGAGAGUUAACAAUGUGACCAAUUCUGAUUUUACCAGUGUUCAGCAUGGGAAUCGUGCUUUAGUCACAAAAGACAUGAGGAAAACACAGGGUAAGUGUUGUGUUGUCCUGAAGAAAAAGGGAAAUUCUGUUUUUCUGGCAAAAAAAAUUCCUGUUGCUACAGUAGCACUAGAGUCAUUGCUCAAAGUAAAGUAGAGCCCUAUUAAAUUUUUGCAAACUCAAAAUCUCUAGCAUUUUGUCAUGAUUACACUUUAGUUUAUAUAAAUUGGGUAUACUUUGUCUCUGAAAGUACUGCAAGAAAAGGCUUUUUCAAUGGUAAGAAUCCUUGGUCAAUUGUUGCAGGUUUGGAUUUGCUUCAGGGCUAGAAAUCUUGUACUAAAAUUACUGCAAGUUGUGAGGUAAAGAUGAAGUAAGCCUAUUGCGUAUAUGCUGCUCCUUGGUAAUUGUUCAUUUUAUACUUUAUACUGGGAUAGAAGCAUGCCCAUGUGUAAUAUCUCAAUUUUAGAGCGAUCAUUGUCUUACUCUGAUGAGUCUCGACUGUCAAAUCUUCUUCGGAGGAUUACUCGGGAAGAUGACAGAGACCGAAGACUGGCUACUGUAAAGCAAAUGAAAGAAUUCAUUCAGCAACCAGAGAACAAACUGGUUAAGUAUCUUCUGUUAGCAACAUAUUAAUACUUUAUUUCUCAUAUGAUCUCUCUUGGGGCAGGUUUCUGGGUUGUAGGGGCAAAGAAUGAAGGUUUGUCAGCACUGUCAUUGGUUGCAGGAUAACUUUGGCUCCGAAUACUCUCAACCCUGCAUAUAAGCUUUCCUCACUGACUAUAUCAGAUCUGAAGGAGGGAGCCAGCUGACUGUCCCCACAACUUUGAUUUUUUUGGAGAGCAGUUAACUGGCCUUUCACCUUCCUUCCCUCCUUUGAUAACGAGAACCUUCCCUGUUCAUCCAUGUCCCACAGAUAGGAAGCAGUAGCAGCUUGCUUGCCAGAGGGAAGAAAGAAUUUCUGGCCAGGUGACUUCAUCCUGGUGUGACUGACUUUCCAUGUUGGAAAGGAAGGAAGUAAAGAUCAGCUGUGCUACGGAUAAAUGAAGGAAAGGGACUGGUCUUGAGGGUCCCUUUUCCUUGUAGUAAGAAGUUACACUGAGAAUAAUAUACAUCAGCUGGCAGGCAGUGGGAGGUGGGGGCUGUUUUUCCUUGGAAUGGGGAGGGUGGAAGGGCAGAGCAGUUUUCAAAUACUCCAGUUUUUUCAGUCAGCCAGUUUUUUCCAGAGGGAAAUUAGUUUCCCUGUGUUCACAUAGUCACUCUUUAUGAAUAAUUAGUUCUAAUCUGAGCCUCCUCAGGCUACUCUACAAAUCUAAUCAAAUAUUAGUUUAAAAGAUCUGAAAAUUGUUUGGCUUGAAGUUGUUGAUGUAUUUCAAUGAUGUGUUAAUACUUUAGCCUGGAGGGCUGGCUUCUGUUGAAACCAAGAUGCCCAAGGACUAGCUUGUUGGGUCAGAGGCAGAAUGGCUAUGGUGAUAAUCUCUUUAUUCAUUGCCUUAUGCCAAGAUGGUCUCAAGAAAUAAGAAAUAAAGUGCAUACCAAUAUAAAAAGAAAUUAACUUUUAUUUCUUAGUGACCAUGUGCAAGCCUUGACAGUAAAAAACCACCCCACAUAUCCGGUGCAGGCAGUGCUGUAUGAGCUGCUGCUUCUGAUCUAUUGGGUACCCCAUGUGGAAUGAGAAUCCUCUGUGACUUGAAUAGGGAGGAGAGCCUAAAAGUGGCAUGGACAAGGCAAGAAAAUACUGGGCAUCCUUCCAGGGUAACAUCUAUUUCAGAAGGGAUGGGGUGGCGCAAUAACUUGAAUUGUGGGCCAUCACUUGACUGUUGUUGAUUUGAUUAACAAAGUUUCAUCACAGUUCGUAGUAUAAUUGUAUUUGGCAGCUAUAUUUAUCAAAACAUAUUUUACCUGUAUAGCACGAAUCUUGUGGUUAAUGCAAUUUGCUUGGACUAUUUUCCAGUAGCUUGGUUUGAUAGUUGUAUCUCUAAAGAGGUGUUGGGCAUAACUUCGGAUAGACUUGCACUGAAACUUAAGAAAAAUGGGACAUGGUUGCAUCCAGUUGCUAAUAUUAACAGAAGGUGUUAAAAGCGACCUAUAAGUGAAACAAUGACUGCUUGCGCUGCACAUUUUUCAUCAAAGUCUUCAUGGGUAUCAUGAAGGAUGUUUUUAGUGUAUCUAAUGUAUUCUUCAUAAAUUAAGCACUAUUGCACUCAACUUCCAGUAAAGCAGUCACAUCAGUGCUAUGAACAACCAAGAAUGAUAUAUAGUAGCACUUUUUGGGGGGGACAAAAAAUAGGAUGGCAAGCAGUGGUUUUUAAUCUUUCAAAUGACAGAACAAUCUGAAUUUAUAUUACAAUAGCAAUUAUUUUAAAAGGUGUAUAUGUUGGCUGUUGCAGGUGCUUGUUAAACAACUGGAUAAUAUCUUGACUGCCAUACAUGAUGUACUUAAUGAAAGGUAAGUUGGGCUGAUGCAUUCCUGAAGUUAGUGUAUUUGUGGCCAGCAAGCCAGGUAACACCUUCAACCUGGAAGCUGCUGCAGGAGGGACAAAGCAUGGUUCAUAUAAAAGGGAAACAAGCAGCACCCUGCUUGCUUCUGACCAGCCUAGCCCAAAUGUCUCAUGAUUACUUUUGGAAAUCAAUAACUGAAUUCUUAGUUUGACAUCAGUGGGAGCAUACCAUGUUGUGAACCUGUUGCUAGGCCAAGACAGAUGUCAUCAAUUCGUUCAGGAUUGAUGCAAGCUUAGCACUCCUGAAGCAAUUAAGAGGAAUUGAUUUGGAUUUGGUAUUGCCCCAGUAUCGAGGCAGAUGUAUGGCACCUCUGAUUUGCUUUGGAGAUUGGCUUGAAUUCUAGGAAGUGUACUUCCUUGCAUGUUUCCUCUACGGUCAAACCUCAGUGACUGCUUUGAGGAGUAUGCUAUCCAUUCUUGACCCCCAGUUAUUGUGGGUUGGGUUCAGAGUGAGCUAAGAAGUGUGAGUCAUAGAGCUGAGUCUGAUGGAGACCAGUGAAAUCUUAUGGAGCAUUCAGAAUCUCAGUAACUGCUGCUACUAGCCAUAGUAGUUCCUGGGCUGAUUUAGAAUGGCAACUGUGGCAAGAAAUUCUGAGCUGCUGAGAUAGGGGAGAGACAGAAGGUAAGGGGAAGAGUCCUUCCUACCUUCCUCCUUGUGUCUCACAUUGAACCAAACACAGCACUUCAGUGUAUAGAGUCCAUAGAAAAGAGCUUUCCAUGCUCCUGCACGUUCUCACGUUCCUGCUUGUAUGUUGGUACCCCACAACCCCAGGCAAUAUGCUACCAAUAUGCUGGCAGGUAUCCAUGAAUAAGUAGAUUUGUGUGAACAGAAAUAUUUGGGUUAUGUGAAUGUUCAUCUGUAUGAAUGACGUUUUGAUUUCCGUGUGAGAGAGCCUUUGUGCUUGUAGAUGGAGGGGAAAGCACAGGACAGAAGGGAAGAGGAGACAUUUCACCCCUUUUGCAAAUGCCUUCAACAUGCUUAAUCUUUAGGUUACCACCUGUGAGUUGGAUGGAAAGAGAAGGGAAGUGGAAGGAAUUGACAGCAAACCAUGUGUUUCCACAUUAAUGGAAAGUGCUAACCAGAUCAUAGCCAUUUAUUCAAGUCUUUAUUGUCAUCAUUUGCUAAAUGUCUACUUUUCAUGACUGAAAAUCCUUACGACUGCUUUUUCUUUUUUCAUAAAUGCAGUAGCAAAUUGCUUCAAGAACUCAGACAGGAGGGAGCUUGCUGUCUUGGACUUCUUUGUGCUUCUCUGAGCUAUGAAGCGGAGAAGAUCUUUAAAUGGAUUUUUAGUAAAUUUAGCUCAUCCACUAAAGAUGAAGUUAAACUUCUUUAUUUGUGUGCAACUUACAAAGCACUGGAGACUGUGGGAGAGAAGAAAGCAUUUUCAUCUGUAAUGCAAGUAAGGAUAAAAGUUAAAUUGGGGCAUUUUGGCUUUUCAGAUACUGAAUCAUUUUCUGAAAUGAAGAAGCUGAAAUUUAAGCAGGCUAGCAUAUUAGCACAUUGAAACUUCAUUUUAGAUACUGGGCAUAAUAAACAGUUUCAGAACUUUGUGUACCUGAAAUCCGUAAGUGUUGAAAUGUAGAUUUGAUGCAUAUUUUAAUGUGCAUUUUAUAAUGUUUAUUUUUAAAACUGUUGAUUUUAUUUUUUAUAUAUAUUUAAUGUAAAUUGCUUCCAGGUUUUGAUGAUAAAGCAGCUUAUGAAUCUUGUUAAAUAAAUAAAUAAAUGUGCUGUAGUAGUCUGCUAUAACUGAUUGGUCUCCUAGCUCAGUAUCAUACCUUUUCACUGCUAGAAGCUGCCAACAGAAUUUUAAACCAAUUGUGGAAUGCUCCAAACCUAUUGAGACUACUUUCUGAUCUCAGAGCAUCUCCUUAAAGGCGUGUGAUGUCCACAUUUCUGUUUAACCAUGAAUUAAAAUUACUAGAGUUGAUUAGUGUCUGGAAAUGAUGGUAGAAAAACGGACAUGAUGGGCAGGAAUUAUUCAGUGGUGGAGACUGAAAUUUAGAAUUGGGGUAAGAUGAAGGGGCAAGUGGGUUAUAUAAAAUGAGUGGAAAAAUCUAAUAGUAGGAGCAACCCUUUGUUUUCUCUCAGUUGGACUGAGGUUCAUUAGAACCAGUAUCCCUCUUGCCAGUCCAUCCAGACCCCUCUCUCCACCCCUGUAAAGCAUGUGUCCAACAUAGAUUGAGAACCAAAGCAGUGCUACUCGAAAGCAGUUCUACUACUUCAUCAGCAGGCAUUUCUACAUGUUGUUAACAAGAUAGAUUAUUUAUUUAAAUAGUAGUUAUUGAUACACUUCUGUAAACAGUGUGGUUGUUUUUUUAAAUAUAUAGCCUGAAUAGUUUUUGUUCAAUAUGGGUUUUUUGGGUGCACACUUUUUUUUCUUAAAGCUCGUCAUGACUAGCCUGCAGUCUAUCCUUGAGAACGUGGAUACACCAGAAUUGCUGUGUAAAUGUGUCAAGUGCAUCCUCCUUGUGUCCCGAUGUUACCCUCACAUUUUCAGCACUAACUUUAGGGUGAGCACCUUUGCUUCUCUUUCUUGGUUUUAGAUCGGUAUUGACACAUGUGCUACAGGUGGAUUAAUUUUUCUGUAUUGCUUUCCAAGGACACUGUUGACAUAUUAGUUGGGUGGCAUAUUGAUCACACUCAGAAACCUUCUCUGACACAGCAAGUGUCUGGUAAGUCUUAAAAAAUAAAAUUUCAUGUGAUGACCUUAAUAGAUGUUCUUGGCUUCCUUCUGGAAGGUGAAGUGUUACUACUAGUGUAUACUUCACUUUGCUUAUAGUGGAAUGAGGAAAUAGUAUUAGUCACAGGGAUUCGGUUAAAACAUGAAUCUCUGGGCUUGUCAGAAUUUUGAAAAAGUGCUGUUAGUAUCAGUGUCUUUGAUUUCUUCUCUCCGUGCCCUUCUCUACGCCCCGGUCAGUCUCCUUCCCUUCCUCCCCACCCCACCCCACCCCACCCACACACACACACUCUUUGCUUUUAUAAGAGGUAUGGGUAAAUAUCAGAGUAGAAUUAAAAUGGACCCCUUCCUUUGUGUCCCCACAAAAUCACCAUCAAAUUACAGCUUAACUGUGACAGACCUUACAGUAAAAAUCAUAAAUCCGGUUCUUGCCUGCACAACAAACAUUGAUCUGAGGCAAAGAUCCUCAUGGAUCUUCAUGAUUUUUACUUAAGGUGACAACAAAGCCACAAUGUGACCAAUGAUUUAAUGCAGGUUUUGAAGGGAUUUAUUGGUAAAAAAAUUAAUAAUAAUGAGGAUACAUGUUUUUGUUCCAUGGCAGUGGUGGAAAGCACCAGAACUGGUUUUUUUAAAAAAAAGUUUAGUUAAUGGAAGUGAUCUGUGGUGGGGAACCCGUGAAAAAAUUGUGUAACUUCAAGAAAAUCUGCUUUACUGGAGCCACUCUUCUUCUGCCCUCUCUUUCACUCUGCUUCCUGUACAACUGCUCAGGGCAUGAUCAGAAUCUUGAAAAACUCAUAAAACUGAAAGAGGAAGUAGGGGAGAAUAGCACUCCUCUUUUCAUUUUUAGUUGCUGUUGAAGGCAUCACUCCUUCAACUUCCUCCUUCAGCUCUGUAUGCUUUUCAAAGCAGGAAAGGUAACUACUCUCCCCACUUCUUGAUGAAGGGUGCAACGGUUGUGUGGUGAGCAUGGUUUUGUGUGCGCUAGGAGAGCUCCUCAGGGGCACCACAUUGGCAGCCCCAGUGUUAAAAGGAAUGUCUGGCUUUCCUAAAGUUGAACAUUUUUAUCAGAAUCAACUUGUUGAAAAAUAAAAUAAAAUAAAUUAGUGGCAUCAUACCACGGGAAGAUGAUCUGGUUUUCCCAGAGGUCUAAAGCUGGCUUUCUAUCAAAAUUGUAAUUUGGUUUAAUUUAUACCUAUGCUAGGACCAAUAACUGAACUUGGGGCAAGGGCAGAGUUAAUAAGGUGUUCUUGCAAAUACGUUAACAAUGAACAAGCUUGGAUCAUUGCCAAAUGGUGGCAUUCACAUACAAGAGGGAGAUACAGGUAGGCUCAGAGGAAUUCAAAGUUUGCAGAAGUAAUGGAAUGGAGUAUCCUGGAAAAUGGCGUAGGUGGCUAGAACCCUGAACAGGAGCAUUUCAUAUUGCAAGUGUUGCCCCCCUCCCCCAGUUGCAUACGAGAAAGCUUCCUGCCCUCUCUCCCACCCACAUUCCACAUAUAGGGCAUAUUCAUGUUGCAACUAUUUUGCUUUUUUGUUGCUGUUCAUUUCAUUGAGGAUGUAGUUUUGUGGAGACCUCUCUGAAGUAGUGGCCAAUCUUUUCCUAUUUUUUAGUAAUAUACACCCCACCCCAUAAGACCAUAAAGUUGCUAUGUGUCAGUAAUUGUGCAGCUCCCUCAGUAGACUCUUUCGUCUUUUAAUGGAAUGCCAGAUUCUGAUAAAGCCUUCCUUCAUUAAUCCAAUAGCCCUGAAUUUCUUCAGUGUUGUAUGUUGUGUCCCUUACUGCAGAUGCCCCAUGACCCGAGUAUACCCAGCCCCAAUGAAGACCAGUGUUUGAAAGUUUAGUUUUUUAUUGGCAAAGCACUUGAUUACACCAGCUUCUAAGGUGUAGCAGCUUCAGCUACUUCUGUUGCUGUAAGCCUAUUCUUGUCCAUGGAGACAGUGGUGGACGGGACAGAGGAGAUUCUAACAGCCCAGCUCUCUCUGGGACUGUCACUUCCACCUAUGCACCUUCCUGCAACUCUUUCCUCUCCUCUUGUCUCUGACUGCCCGUACUUUCUCUCUUCUUCCUUCCCCUGGCUCCCCCCCCCCCCCAAAUUGCUGGCUCCCUUCCCCUGGAUCAUCUUCCUGCCCCCACCCCACCUCCUCUGCCCACCCCUCAGACUCCUGCUUGUCCCUGACACCCUGCUACAGAAUGUCCUUUCUUUCAGAAUAUAGUUAACCUGGCAACCUCAUUCAAUUCUGUAAAGUUGUUUUUAACUAAUUAUGAAAUGAAAGAUACUUUAUUUAAUUUCCCAAUAUUGAGUCACAUCCACACCAUGGCUUUAAAGCAUGUGGCUUCGCCCAAGGAAUCCUGGGAACCUUAAGUUUAUCCAUCAAAGAGCUACAAUUACUAGCAUGUUCAACAAACUAUAGUUCACAGGAUUCUUUCGGGAAAAGCAAUAUGCUUUAUAAGUUUAUGGUAUGGGUGUGGCUUUCAUUAGGUAGAAUUUGGCCACAAAUGUUCUCUGUUGACUAUGCCUGGCUUAUGCAUUCUUCUAAAUGAGUCAUCUUGCUCUGUUUUUGAUUUUCCUGAUAAAUGUAACUGAUGUUAUAAAAUUACCACUGUGUAGGAUUUAUUAGAGCUGGUUGUUUGUUGUGUGUACACUUCACUUUUAGUUGACUUUGUUUCUGAGUAAAUCAAGUGUACUUUUGAUCAUAACUUUGUUUUUAUUGGUUUGGCACUUUGUACAGGGUGGUUACAGAGCCUCGAACCAUUUUGGGUAGCUGACCUUGCAUUUUCUACCACACUUCUUGGUCAGUUUCUAGAGGAUAUGGAAGCGUAUGCUGAGGUAAUAAAAUGUUGGUCUUGAUAAGUGUUUUAAAAGGAGCAGGAUAUUGGGUAUUGUUGGAUAUUGUGUCUUCCCUUGCAUAUAAACAAUAGGCAAAAUAGAUUAGCACACUUUAAAAGCAUUGUAAGGGUCAGGGGAAACAUGUUUGAACAUAUGAAUCUUCAGUUUUCACUCAAAGCUCAUUUUUGGUGUCUCCUAUAUUGCAAGAGAUGGUGUUCUAGAGGGUUGGUGCUACCAUAGUGAAGGCCUACUUCCAAAAAAUCAUCAGACAGCCGACCAAAGAUAGUAGAAGCAAGGCCAUUUUUGAAGGUCUUAAGAUUUAACAGCUAAGCAUCAUAGCUGCCAAAUUCUGCACUAACUGUACUUUCUGGAAUAUGCCUAUGUUAGCAUAGAGAUACAGUAUCUUGCACUGUGGGGUUAGAAUACAUGAAGCUUGCAGUUGUGAAUUUGCAUUGGGUAUAUGCUAACUACAUUUAUUCAUGUAGGACCUUGGCCACGUGGCUUCUGGAGAAUCGGUAGAUGAAGAUAUUCCUCCUCCUAGUGUUUCACUGCCCAAACUGGCAGCACUACUUCGCGUUUUCAGUACCGUGGUGAGGAGUAUUGGAGAACGAUUCAGUCCCAUUAGAGGGCCACCAAUUACUGAAGCAUACGUAACUGAUGUAAGGGUUCCCGUCUUUCAUGUUGUAUACCAAAAAACCCUUUGUGGCAGUGAGCCCCAAAUUGAUCAGGAAUCUGAUAAGCUUGUUGCCUCUUCUCCUUAAUCGUUGUCACCCAUCGGUUGACAUACUGGGUGCUCCCUCCCCAACCUUUCUGUUGGGAACAUGCCUGCACCACAGGUGUGUAAUUCCAGAGCAUCAGAUGUCACUGGAUUAAAACUCACUGUUCCAUACUUUAGUUUCAAUCAUCAGAAAAGGACCUACGCAGAAUACCUCUGUGGGACACAUUCCAGCCAAAAUUAACCAUCUCCAACCCUUGUUUAUUUCAGUGGGAUGAGGAUGUGCUUAGAUCUUUUCUGUUUAAGCCGCUGGAAGAUGCAGUUGUGCUUAACUUUUGCAUUGUGCCCUGUGUGCUUUCUGUACUUAUGCCACCAGACUUUAAAAUCAUUUUCCAUUUUGAUGUACAGUAGUGGUUAUUAGUAUUUUCUAGUGAAAGCAUGUGGCUGGAAUGACUCCAGAUGGUUUUGCAGUUUUAGCCUCAGAGGAACUUGGCAGCACUCAUCUUUCAGUUAAUUGUAUCUCUUUUCCCUUUGUUUUCAGGUUUUGUACAGAGUAAUGAGGUGUGUGACAGCAGCAAACCAAGUCUUCUUUUCUGAGGCUGUAUUGACAGCUGCCAAUGAGUGUGUCGGUGUCCUGCUUGGUAGUUUGGAUCCCAGUAUGACUAUACACUGUGACAUGGUCAUCACUUAUGGAUUGGAUCAGCUGGAAAAUUGUCAGACUUGUGGUACUGAUUAUAUCAUCUCGGUGUUGAACUUACUGAUGCUGGUACAUACAGUUCUCAUAAUAUCUCACUUUAAUCAUAGGUUUUUGUUCAUUCAUUUGACAAUUUAAGAUUAUGAGUGAGUGGACAGGGAGACCAUUCUCUAGCUUGAUCUUGGUUUCUAUAAUAAUUUUAUGGCCUUGAGCAAAUCACUGCUUUUCCAGUCCCACCUCUCCAUCUUUAAAUGAAGAGAAAGGUGAUUUACCUGAUAGAGUUGUUUGAAGGGCUAGGAAGGGUUUAAUAGCAUUUUAAGGAUUUACGUACUUUGUAAAUUAUGGGAUCACUUCCUAUGUCUGUAUUUUUAAAAGCUGUCAAAAUGUUGAUGCUUGUUCUAAAUAUUGGCUCUGGUGCUAGCAGCCAUUGUGGGAUUAUAUCAUUCCAUAUCCUUUACCUACCCAGGCGGCAUUCAUUAACGAAUGGCUUGGGUCCUCCCAAUAAGCAAGGAAUCAUGUGACUAAGCUUUUGUAGCUGCCUGUGGCUCUUUAGGGGAUGGGUAGGUGCCUAUGGGGCUCUUGGAUUCUGUUUGUUCCUUCCUGUCUGAAUUUUUCUGGUCUCAUAAGCUGCACUUCGGGUAUGCCUCAGAUUUCUUUUGUCUGUCAUAGUUGUGGCACCCUGGGCAGAACAGAUACUAAAACUUAGUAUGAUUCCUUGCUUCUCCUUGGUAGAGGAAGGAUUUAAGCCAUAUGCUUUUGGAUGCCUUGUUCACCCCGAGAGAGAAACCACCUUCACAAUAAACACCCUGUGUACCUUUCUAAGUUGCCAGUGGAAAGAAGAAAUUUAAAAUUGCCAUUGGCUAAAUAUCUCAGCAAGCUAUCAAUGUUUUUUAAAAUAUGUAUUUGACUUAAAGUGAAGAUUUGACAAGUAAAAGUAUAAUGAUAAGUCGUCUUCUCUGUCUAGAUUGUUGAACAAAUAAAUACAAAGCUUCCAUCAUCAUUUAUAGAGAAAUUGUUUAUACCGGAAUCAAAAUUGCUUGUACUCCGCUACCAUAAGGAAAAAGAGGUAAGCAAUAAACUUUUAGAUUUUGCAUUUUGAUGUUAAUUUCUAAAUUAAAAGAAAGCACAUAUGUACAUGCCCUUUAAUUUUACAGCUGACUCACUGUGAGUAAGCUGUUCUGUAUGGUUAGUAGCUCAAUUCAUGCAUCAUGCCCAAUUGGUUUGCAGUGCUGCUUGAAUUGACAAGCAUAACUGUGGCCGUUGCUCCAUCUCUGGAGGCUGUUGUGCCUAGAAACAGGAGUGGACUUAAGAAACCAAGUGCUAAGCGAAUGGGAAACGAAGUCAGACAAGCAGCUCUAGAGCAUGCUUGGCAUAUUGAGCUGUUGUACUUGACAAGGCUCUUACAGGAGUUUUGUACAAAGGCCACAAUAUGCUUGGAGCAUGCUUUGGGUGAAACAACUUUUUUAAUUUUAGGAGGAUGGAAAAUAUUUUUGCUUGGUCUUGAUUUUAUUUGGUUGUUUCUGUGCUAGAUAUGAACGGCACUACUCAUCCCCUCCCUCUGCAUCUCUAUAACACACAGCUUGCAUCCUUUGAUAGAUCUCCCCUGACUCUCUGGAGAGGCUUUCGGGGGUGAGGGUGGUGAUGGGUUGCAGCAUGGAAGAGGUUAUCGAAAAGACUGGCUACCUUUUUGCGUAAAAUUGAAUACAACCCAUAAUUGACACUCUUGUCGUGGUCCACAGGCAGUUGGUGAGCCUUCUCAUUAAUGAGGCUAUGAAUCAGUCCUGUAUAAACCAUGAACAAAUUUGAUGAAAUAAAUAAUGUUUUAGUACUUCAACUUUUGUAUGCUUUAAAAUACUGUAUAGUUGUGAUUUUUUCCCUUGAUUUCACUGUUUUAUUUUUUUUUUGUAAACCACUUUGAGGAUUUAUUUUUUACAAUCAGGCUGUGUAUAAAUUUUAUGAGUUGAAUAAAUAAAUAUUUCCAUCCAUGAUUGCUUAUCAAGGGUUUUACGUAAGGGUGAUAUCCAACUUUAGCCAUAUACAGAGUAGACACACUGAAAUUGAUGAACUUAAUUCCACUUGCUUCAGGGGGCCUGGAUGUUGUUCUAAAUCUUUGUGCCUUUCGGCAGUGCAUGUUGUUACUGCAGUGUGGGCAUUCACUUCCAAUAACAAAGACUUUCAGCUGUGAUUAUAGUAAUUGUGGUUGUUCUAAAGAAACAUAUUUUGUUUAUUACUAUUUUUAUUUUAAAAAAAACACUGCUAAACCACUCUUCAUCCAUGCUGAUGCCAAUAGCAGCAUACAGUGGGCAUGGAUAAAAAUGAAAACAUGCCACAAAGAACAGUACAGUAAAAACAAUCAACUAUCAUAAAAUUAAAGGCAAGUAAAAUAAAGUUUAAGAACAGACUAAAGUGCCAGAUUUAUUUUAUACCUGUAGCAUAGUACUUACCUUCAACUGUGUUAAGGAUUGUGAAGAGUGGACAAGCUAUAGAAAAUGUGUAAUAUGCAGCUCCAAAAUGUCGUGACAUUCUGAUUUUCUCUUGUUUCUCAAGGUGGUUGCAGCAGCACAUGCAGUGUAUCAAGCAGUACUAAGCUUAAAGAACAUUCCGGUUUUGGAAACAGCCUACAGGUUGAUUCUUGGGGAAAUGGCAUGUGCCUUGAACAGUCUUCUUUGCAGUCUGCAGCUUCCAGAGGCUUGUUCUGAAAUCCAACACGAUGCUUUCAAGAACCAUGUUUUCGAUGUAGCGAAUGCAAAAUUUGUUGUUAUAUUCGACCUUAGUGCUCUGACUACAAUAGGAAAUGCAAAAAACUCAUUGAUUGGAGUGAGUAUCUUCUACAGUGUAAAUAUGAAUGGCAAUUAUAUUUCUAAGUGCUUACAUCUUAGUGGCUGUUUUAAAUUUAAAAUCUGGUAUAGCAUCAUAUAUAUUGUCAUGUCAUUCACUGUGGUACAUUGAAGGACAACCACACAUUUUUACUUGGGUGGGGAAGUCCUUCCUGGGUUAGAAGGACUUAACUCUGCUGUAGGAAACCUUAGCCCAUCCAGAUGCUGCUGAACUACAACUUCCAUCAGCCCCAGCAAUCAUGGCCACUGGUCAGGGAUUAUGGGAGUUUUAUUUCAGCAUCAUCAGGAGAGCCAGAGGUUCCCCAUAGUUACGGUAAUUAAUUAAAAUAGACAUUAUCUUUGCUUUAUUAGCUUCAACACAGGGUCGUAUAUAAGUACACAGUGGGGAGGAACAUACAAUUGUCUGUUUUUCCUCUCAGUGCUGCCACAUAUGAAGAGAGAGUUCAAACACUAGCUGAAGUCACUUUGCUCUUUUCUGAAUAAAACUAUUUAAGAUCACUUUAUGGUGAUUUCAGUUGUGGAAAAUGUCCACAAUCCCCUGUCCCAUCCCCUUUUGUCCUUGCAUCACACUUUACAAGAAAACUUCUCGUUAUUGCUCAAAUGUUAGUUUACUUCUAGUUUUGUGAUUAGGUAGCAGUUGUGAGAAAACAUAAUCAUGCUUUUUAAAAAAACAAAACCAAAUGAAUAUAGGACUGACAGCAAUGUAAUUUUCAUAAAUACUUUGUUCUUUACUAUUGCUUGCUUUGCCAGAUGUGGGCUCUAUCUCCAACGGUGUUUGCAUUGCUGAGCAAGAAUUUGAUGGUUGCGCAUGGUGACAUAGCAGUUCACUUUCCUGCAGUCCAAUAUGCAGUGCUCUACACCCUCUAUUCACAUUGCACCAGGUGUGAAGGCAUUCAUUCCAUAAUGUAAACGAUAAAAUAGCGAUAUAUCAGUUCAGGGACCAAAUGCACUUGGUUGUUUUAGUUGAACAAUGGAAGGUACUGUUAAUACCUUAUCAGUGUACUAUGUGCAACACAGUAGGUGCUAUUGUACAAUCUCCAUUCUUUUUAAUGGGCGUCCCCUCACAAACCACAGUCAGAUAAUGGUGGCUGUGUUAGAAUAUAUCUGUUGUAUUGUACUUUUUUUAUGAGUGAUAGUGAAACCUCUGCUCUUGGCUGAGGUAAUUUCUUAAAAUGCUAAAAAAUAUAUAUCAGAAAGCUACAGAGUAAAAUGGGCAGUAUGGAGUGUUCCUAGUGAGUCUCUUUAAGAGAGAAAAAGAAGUGAGAGGCUUGGGUUACUGGGACUAAAAACUUUUUCUAGUUGCAAGAGAACCCUAGAUUGGCAAGCCUGAAUGAGAAGCGAUUCUAGGAGGCAAUGAAGCAGGGUGGUUUGGGGUUUUUUAACAUUAUGAAGCUGCAGCAACAUGUGACGUUAACCCUGUGUGUAGUCACCAGAUGGUAAACAUUUAACUUUGUGUUGAUCUCCAGGCACGACCAUUUCAUAUCUAGCAGCCUCAGCUCUUCCUCUCCUUCCUUGUUUGACGGGGCUGUUAUUAGCACUGUAACUACAGCUACGAAGAAACAUUUCUCCAUAAUACUAAAUCUCCUGGGACUUUUACUUAAGAAGGAUAACCUUACGCAUGAUACCAGGUAACUAGUGCUUUCUCCCUGUCCAAAGAAGAUGUGUCUCUGACAGAAUGAUUGGUACUAAUUAAACAUCAGCAGUAUAUUUAUACAUAAAAAUGAGGGAACGUGAUGCAUUUAUGUUUCUCAUAACAGUUUGUGGAAUUAGUUAUGCCUUGCCAGAAAACAGUUUCUUUAAAAAAAAAGUUACACAGUAUGCCUAACUACUCCAAAGCAACUCUAAAACAGCCAAUUUUGUCUAGUACAUUCCACAUGGGCAGUUUUACUUUAUGUUCGUUUACUCAGAAGCAAGUCCAGAUGUUUUCAGUGGAGCUCAUUCCCUAGUAUGUGUUCAUAUUCUAUGUAAACCGCUUUUAGAGGUUUAUAUGAUUCAGCAGUAUACAAAUGUGUUUAAAACUGCAGCCUGCCUUUGUAAGUAACAUGCAUUCUACUCAGUUCUCCAGUGAUAAAAUUAGAUAAAAGUUUCUUGCAUUACUAGUGAAGUGGAUAUGUCCGAUAUUUUAUGUACCAGGUCACUCAAACCUUGUGUUCUGUGUGUCAUCUUAGAGUUGGAUCCAGACUUGUCCUUCCAUAAACAUACAGACCCCUUCAAUUUAUGGAAUGGACUGAGAUCCAGCGGAAGUGGGUAGGGAAAGGUUCCUCUUUCCCUUUGUAGCUCUGCCUCCUCACAUGCUGCUAGGGGGACGGCAUUGCAAUUGAACAUAGGGGGGUACGGGGGGGGGGAGGGAAGAAAAUGUUAAAAUCUCCUCACCCUCCAGUGGGAGCAGAACUCCUUUCAUGACAAGCCUAGAUCAAGCCCAAUAGGAUUAGAAAUGUUAAUUUGUAAUUAUCUAGAGUAACUGUUGUGUAAUGCAUUUCUAGGAAACUACUAAUGACAUGGGCUUUGGAAGUGGCUGUCCUAAUGAAAAAAUCAGAGACAUAUGCACCACUGUUCUCCCUCCCAUCUUUUCAUAAGUUCUGCAAGGGACUCCUGGCAAACAGUAAGUGGUUUAUUAUUCCGCUUAGCAUAAGAAAUGGGUAAAGUCAAGUCCUUCCAAUUCUGUUGUUCAUGCUUUGGCUAAACCCAUAGUCAACCAUUUUUCCAGUCCAGCCUAAAAUUCAUUUGCUAAAUGGCAAAUUCCGGAGGUGUAGCCAUCUUAGUCUGUUUUGGCAAAACCAGUAAAGACAUCUGUGUGCCACCUUAAAGACUAAUACAUUUUAUUAUGCUUCGGUGCUUUUGUUAAGUUUUUAGGGUACCACACAGGAGUCUUGGUUAGUUAAAUGCCCUUGCAUGAAGUGACCCAAGCUGUAGAAUUGACUGGGCAUGGUAGUGAGAACUUGAUGCUUCACAUGGCUCUAAAAGGAUAAGUAAUCCGACAGUGCGUUGGAUUAUUGUGCUGUAUGUAGAGCAAUUAAAUUUCUACAUGAAGAAAAGGGGAACAAAAAAUCCAAUGAAUUUCGGAACUCAUGUCAUGAGCCUAAGAGGUCAUGAUGCUUUUUUUUUUUUUUUACUGUACACUCUCCUCCGAACUGCACAACAAACUUCACUUUGUUGCAGAAGCUGUUUGUGACAUGGCAUGGACAUAAAUUCAAAGAAGAAAAUGUCAGCAUGGGAAAAUGUCAGCAUGGAUGACACUACAUGACUCACACUCUGGAACGAAAUUAUGUUAAUGAUGCACAUCAUUACUUUUAUUUUCAGUGGCUUUUAUAGCUCCUGGUGUAAUAGGCCUAUACUGGAAAUUCUAUUAGCAUUGGUGUGUGAAAUUAAGGACAGGGAGUGACGUAUAAUAUUUGAUCUUGAUUUUUAGAAAAACAAAUAGAAUUGUUGUUAGAUCGUGUGAAUUAAAUAUAGUGAUAGCCUAAGUUACAUGAUUAAAAAAAAUUAAUACUGUCUCCUUUUUACCCAAUACAUAGCUCUUCUGGAAGAUGUAAAUAUUUGUCUUCAGGCAUGCAGCAGCCUCCAUGCUUUGUCACCGUCUCUACCAGAUGAUCUGUUGCAGAGGUACGUUGUUAAUUUUGUUUCCAGGACAAAAACAAUGUUCAAAUUUGUAUGCAGUCCUUAUUGUAUUUAUUUAUCUGAUGCAGAUGUGUUGAUGUAUGCCGUGUUCAGCUAGUCCACAGCGGGGCUCGUAUAAGGCAAGCUUUUGGAAAACUGUUGAAGUCUAUUCCUUUAGAUGUAGUACUAAGGUAAGUGUGUAUGCAUUGAAUUUUUGGAACGAGGGUACUGGGUGUGUUAAUCUAGUUUUAGUUAGAUCUAUAUUGUAGUCUCUACUUGUAGCUACUUGUGAACGGAGAAAGUAGGGACAAGUGCACCAAGGGUGAAAGCGUCACAAAAAGUAAUGAGUUUCUGUACGUCAAUAGCAACUACACACACGCUAACAACAAAUCUUCUAACUUCACACACACUUUUGGCUUCCGAUUCACCUUACUGUGCUUUCUAUAUAUUCUUUGCCUAUACGUACUUCCUGUUAUAUCUAUUGCAUAUAUAUUGCAUGCUGUUCUUCUUUUUGUCUAUGCUGUUUUAUGUAAACUGUUUUGCAAUUAAUUUUUUUAAAAACAACAACAAAAAGUAAUGAGUUUCUGUAUUUGCAGUAACAACCAACACACAGAAAUACAAGAAAUCUCUCUGGCUAUAAGAAGUCAUAUGAGCAAAGCUCCAAGCAAUACAUUUCACCCACAAGACUUUUCUGAUAUCAUUAGUUUCAUCUUGUAUGGGAGUUCUCACAGAACAGGGUAAGUCCGUGUUUGUAUUAUAAAGGAUAAGUAUUUUUUAAGAUAUUUGUAUUUCUUUUCUGUUGAAAAAAAGAUCUGUGUUUUGCUUCCAGCAACCCAACUGCCAAGAGAUUUGUAAAUUUGUCUCUACGUUAAGUAAUUCACCAACCAGUUUAUUGCACAAUAUCUAUUGCUUCAAUAGAUUUGCAUUCACAAUUCGUUUACUUAGCUGCUUUUAAUUUUCUUUAGAACUAAAUCCAUGUUGAAGACACCUAAAUGACUGGUCCUUUGGUAUGGUGCAGAAGACCGCUUUUAAUGUUGGAUGUAUGCAUUCACUUUUUAAGCAAAAUCUUGAUAGCAGGAGACAUCUAACAGUGUCUGCCUGCUCAUGCAAUGGGGCUUCCCCUUGUGCAGCUUCUGUCUCCACCCCAGCACUUCCUCCCAAAGCAGUUGGAGGGCCCCCCCAGAGAGCAGAUUUGGAGGAGGAGGAGGAGGAGGAAGAGAGGGGGGAAAGUCCAAUUGCAUGAGUGGGCAUCUGCUCCUUGGAUGUCACCCAUUUAUUUUUUCAUAUGACAAUAAUCAUUCAGGAAAAGCAGCUUCAUCAUGGAAACAAUAGAACAAUAGAUUAAUGUUUUCAUGACUAUCACUGCUCUACCAUGCGUCUUGCAUACACCUUCUCCCUGGGUCCAAGAGAAUAUACAUAAAUGCAAACAUUAAGAGUUACACAUUUGUCUUAAUACCUGAUUUUAUUUCAGGAAGGAAAGCUGGCUUGAAAGGUUAUUUUACAGUUGCCAGAGACUGGAUAAACGUGACCAAUCAAAUAUUCCCCGCAAUUUAUUGAAAACUGAAGCUGUUCUUUGGCAGUGGGCUAUCUGGGAAGCAGCACAAUUUACUGUCCUUUCAAAGUUAAGGACACCACUAGGCAGAGCUCAAGAUACAUUCCAGACAAUUGAAGGUAAUCUUAAAGAGCUUGUAUAUUUUUGGAAGAUUUUUUUUUAAGUUUUAAAAUCAUGAUAUAACAUUUCUGCCAUUAUAAAGGUAAAAUGUAUUUGGAGAAAAAGUGUUGAUUUGUGUUUAGCUGCAUAUUGUCAUUUUGGUUCUGUAGGUGACUUUCAUUAAUUUGAAUGUUCACUGAAUUGAGAUUGAAUGUCACAACAUAUUUGCAUCUAUUAUGGUGUUAAUUAAAAUGUUUGAUGUAGGUUAUUUGUGAUGCUUUCUUGAAGAGUUAUUCUCAGGUUGGCAUGGGAUGAGUUGUGUCCUAUGAUUCUCCCAAGUGUUCUUUGGAAAUGGCUUAGAGGCUUUCAGUCAAGUAAGCAGUACAGUUCAUAAAUGAUGUUGAAUGGAAAAAAGCAAGAACAUGUGAUUGAGCUGUUGGGAGGACACCCUCUCCCUCUGGUUCUGCUUUUGUCUAAAGCAGACAAGGUCUUCCUUUCUCAACUUUCUCUCUUCCUUUCUUUUCCUUUCUAUAUUUUUUCAAACCUCUUUGUUCCAUUAAGAUUCUGUUUAUCUUAGUUGUGCCUCCUGUUUUCUUAGGAAAAGAAUAUAUAUUUUCCCUAAUCCUUACCUGUGCUUUUCCUUGCUUAUUCCUUCACUGCUGGGCCUUACUCCAACUGAAAAUAAGUCUUCCAAACCUAAAAAAACUCAGAAGGCCACCAGUGCCUGGUGAUCCUCACUGAUUCUUCUGAAACAUCUCCUAGUCUUCACAGACAGUGCCAUGAUGAAAGUCCAUUAGAAUGGGCAGAACUCCUUUUCUGAGCUGAGAAGUAUUUUCCCUUGCUGACAUUCCAACAAAUUAAGGAUGGGCUCAACUGUACAUCAGGCUUCCAGAGCAGAGCUUGGUUCCAGCUGUGAAAGUUGGUCCUCAGCAACCUUAAUCUACUUCAGUCAACCAUGGACUCACCCUCCUAGACCUCUUCACCAAGCUGGUCAAUGUGGAGCUUCUGUCUCCCCCUGCCCCCAGUUUCAGAUUUGCAGAGCAGAGGCUAUAGAUUCCCUUACCGCUCCUUGGCAUCAGGGUGGUCUGUUCAAUUUUAUUUCAAUCCCUCUCCUGUCUAGAGUUCCUGAGUGGCCCAAGUCCUCCUUAUUGCACUUCCCCAGCCCUAUCAUUUUGGUUUCUGGACCUCCUCCACCUAGACUUGUACUUUCUGCUGCUCAGACUGAAUAUUAUCUCCUGGGGACCAAUACUGCCUGGGUCAGCCUAGCCAUGUGGACAUUGAGUGGAGCCACCUCAUCAGCUGUAGGCAUAAUUGACACCAUCCUUGCAUUUCAUAGGCUAUCCUCUGAAUCUUUGAGGCUGCUUGAAGAGCCUUUUGCAGAUGAGCAAGGAGAAAAAAGCAUUGUUGCCUUGUGGCCUGGCAUUAAAGAACUUGUAUUCUUCCUUCAAGUUGGUCUCGACCAAGGCCUCUUACAGAUGCCCUCAGAUGCCAAACUACUACCCUCUCCUAUGUCUUAACAAUGAUCUAAUGGCAAACCCCCAUGUUUGCAUCCAUAUGUGCAGCACUUCUAGGGUGGAGGGGGUCACUAAUGAGACCUCUGAGUAGUGUAUCACUUUCUAGCAUGGCAUCUCCACACUGUUCUGCAGGCCAUGCCCUAUCAACCCUAUCUCAGUGCAUUCUUGUCUUCAAAUACACAUUUUCCAGAAGGACAGCAUUGGACUGACCCUUCAUUUGUACCUAAAGUGAACAAUUCAAAGUGUUGGUGCUGACCUUUAAAGCCCUAAACGGCCUUGGCCCAGUAUACCUGAAGGAGCGUCUCCACCCCCAUUGCUUAGCCCGGACACUCAAGUCCUCUUCAGAAGGUAUUCUGGUGGUUCCCUCACUGCAAGAAGUGAAGUUACAGGGAACCAGGCAGAGGGCCUUCUCAGUAGUGGCGCCUUCCCCUUCAGAUGUCAAGGAGACAAAGAAUUACACAACUUUUAGAAGACAUCUGGAGGCAGCCCUGUAUUGAGGGAUUUUUAACUUGAUGUUUUGAUUAAGUUUUUAGAUAUGCUGUAAGUCGCCCAGAGUGGCUGGGGAAACCCAGCCAGAUGGGUGGGGUAUAAAUAAUAAAAUUAUUAUUAUAUUAUUAUUAGGGCUCAAGAUUUAGUCUUGCCCUCGUUUUGUCCAGAUGUGUCCUACGGAACAUCCUGCCUAGCUGGAAUGACCACCUUUUAUAAAAUCUGUUCCCCACUCUUGGUUAUGAUUUUUUUGGUAGAUUGUCCCAUUGUGUAAAUGUAUCUCAUGCCAACCUGAGAAGGGAACUUUGCUUGCUUACUGUGAAUGGGUCUUCUAGGUUGGCAUAGUGAUACAUCCACAGCUGCACUUUGGGAGGUUAGGGGUGUUUCCAGUGGCUGUUUCGUAUUAACUCAUUUCCCCCUUCUUCACUCUAGUUUAUUUCAUCUUCCUCGCUCAGAUACAUGCCCUUCUGGUCCCCAACCUUAUUUCCAUCCCCUUGUAGGGAGAGGGAUUGUGGGGAUUAUGUUUUCUUGUUCUGUGUAGUCUGAACUUUCUCCUUUUAGUUUGGCCACAGACGGAACUGGAGGAGGACCCAGAGGGAGACCUCCAACAGUUCAAUCAAUCACAUGUCCUUGCCUUAAGUGAAUUAUAGGGCACAACCCAUCUCAUGAAUGUAUCCAUAUGCCAACCUAGAAGGUCCAUUCAUGGUAAGUGAUCACAGUUCCUUUUUGGAAAUCAUAGUUUUGGUUUGAAGACGUCAUUCUCAUUUCCUGUACCUUGAAAUGUUCUGAAUGGAUGUUUCCAGGCAUCAUUAGAAGUCUUGCAGCCCACACCUUAAACCCUGAACAAGAUGUCAGCCAGUGGACUACAGCAGACAAUGAUGAAGGUCAUAGUAGUAACCAGCUGAGACUGGUUCUGCUUCUGCAGUACUUGGAGAAUUUGGAGAAACUGAUGUACAAUGCCUAUGAAGGAUGUGCUAAUGCACUCACAUCUCCACCCAAGGUUUGUGUUCAGUAACAUGAUUGCAGUACCUUGCAUUGGGUCUUCAGAUUGUUGUGGAACAUAUCCAUAGACCUUGUUUGGAUGUAACAGUAAACUGUGGUUUAGCACUAUGUGAAUGAGCCAGCCUUCUUUGGAGCUUACGUGUUCUCUCUGGGUUCCUGUUUGAAUUGUAACCUGUAAUGCACAAGUACUGUGUUCUGAACCACAGGCCCAAAAGAAGGCUCAUGGGAGUGGUUGGGUGCAGGGAUACCAAAGAAGGAUGUCAAAACCAGAGUGAUCAGUUCUAAUGCUUUAUUAAGCAAGAUGUAGACUUACUUAGCAAAGCAGCCUACAAGGUCUCCUAGCCUUUACAAGAUGUGUAACGGAUGCUGCAACAAGGAGAUGACUUGUAUGCACCCAUGCAACUGUACAUACAUUCUUUAUAUACAAAGCAGCAUAUGUCACUUUGACCAGAACUGCUCAUUGCUUCACCUGAGCAGAUGAAGGCAUAGGUGGCAGAUACCUGUUUUACAGAUAGUUCCCCUUUCUGUGCUCAGAGCCGAGCAUCCCAAGCCCAGGUGUAGCUUUCCCAAACAUUUCUCAUUAAAGAACAUCAUAUGUAGCAGCAGUGCUUCAUAGCAGCUGUACAGUUCUUAAACAAAUUGGAGUUGAUGUGUUUACUUGAAACUGUACUUUGGUGGGAAGGAGGCAUCCAGGCUUGGUUAUCUUCUAGGACUGUCCAGUGUACAGACAAAGAUUCUGUGACUUGAUCUUUGUAUGUUAGGUGUGCCUUUCACCAGCUGUAUCAAAUAGAUAUAAAUGUUUAAUGUUUUUAAUAAUUCUGGGUGGUAUCAAACUAAUUUCUGCUCAGAAUAGACCCAUUGAAAUAAAUUGAAUGAUUAUUAAGGUCUGCUAAUUUCACUUUGUAACUUGAAAAAUUGGUAAGACUUGAUGCAAAUAAUUUUUCAGUGUGCGGAAGAAAUACUGUAAAAACAAGUUGUUUUUUCUCUCUCUCUUUCUGCUUAUGAAGGUUAUCAGGACAUUCUUCUAUACCAAUCGUCAGACUUGCCAAGAUUGGUUAACUCGAAUUAGACUUUCCAUCAUGAGGGUUGGAUUGCUGGCUGGACAGCCAGCCGUGACUGUAAGGCAUGGCUUUGAUUUACUGACAGAAAUGAAGGCCAAUAAUAUCUCUCAGGUACUGCAUUUACAUAUAAUUUCUCCCAUAAUAUUAUUGUGUCUGAGUAAACAAGGGUGAGGAUGCAGGUGGCGCUGUGGUCUAAACCACAGAGCCUAGGGCCUGCCGUUCAGAAGGUUGGCGGUUCGAAUCCCCACAACAGGGUGAGCUCCCAUUGCUUGGUCCCAGUUCCUGCCGAUCUAGCAGUUCGAAAGCAUGUCAAAGUGCAAGUAGAUAAAUAGGUACCACUCUGGCGAGAAGGUAAACGGUGUUUCCGUUCACUGCUCUGGUUCGCCAGAGGUGGCUUAGUCAUGCUGGCCAAAUGACGGCUUCCUCGGCCUAUAGAGCAAGAUGAGCACCGCAACCCCAAAGUCAUCCACAACUGGACCUAAUGGUCAGGGGUACCUUUACCUUUAAACAAGGGUGGCUUUAAUUCAUAGCAAAUAGAUCUCUUGCAAUAAUAAAGAAUGAUCCAUCAAAGGAAACCCACACAUUCUAAUAAAUCCAAGUUGCUGUACAUGUAUUGGCUCCAGAGAAAAAUAAUUUGUCAUUCCUGAAUUACAGCUGAUUGACUCCAUUUUAAGUGAUGCUUGUAAUGGGUUACUGCAAUGGGAAAUGUUACGAUUGCCCUUCAGAGAUUAUUGUAAGAGUAUACACAGACAUGUAAAUGAGUUUAAAAGGACUUUGUGGGUUGGUGUAAUCUUGUUUCACUCUAGCCUAUAAAUUGAAGUCUCUUGUUUUCUCCAUCCCACUAUUAGGGGAAUGAAUUGGAAGUAACAAUCAUGAUGGUGGUGGAAGCACUCUGUGAGCUUCAUUGCCCUGAAGCAAUCCAAGGAAUAGCUGUCUGGUCAUCUGCUGUAGUUGGGAGGAGUCUUGCUUGGAUUAAUUCCGUAGCUCAGCAAGCAGAAGGACGGUAAGUUAGUCCAAACAUACAACCUACCUGAGAGUAUAUGUCUGUAUUUUAUAUUUAAGUGAAAUGGUAUUAACUGCCCUCCGCCCCUUGCAGUCCUGCAGUUGGGUUCUGUGCUUGUACAGAACAUUUACAGAACCUGCUAGAAAGCUCUGGUCAGUAAGAUCAUUUCCCCAUCCCUCACUUCAUACAGAAAUAUUUGCUCUCUCUGUACAUGGCUUGGAUGUGUGGGUGGGGACCACAUUAUGUCUUAUUGUAUAUUCAGUGUUUUUUUUUUCUGGGGGAAUGUUUUCCCUAAACAUUUUGUGAAUCUUUGUACUUUUGCUACUUUUGUCCAUUUACUGUACAGUGGAACCUCGUGUUACGUACCGUCCUCCUUACGAAUGCUUCGGGUUACGAGCUCCGCUAACCCGGAAGUAGAUGCUCCCGGUUGCGAACUUUGCCCCGGGAUGUGAGCAGAAGUCGCGCUCUGGCUGUGCGGCAGCAGCGGGAGGCGCCAUUGGCCAAAGCGCGCCUCAUGUUAAGAACGGUUUCCGGUUACGAAUGGACCUCUGGAACGAAUUAAGUUCGUAACCGGAGGUACCACUAUAUUUAUUUUCCCCGAUUUGAACUAUAAAAUGCUGAUUUUCUUGAGUCAAAAUGAGAACACCCCUAAACAUUUUUUUUAGAAAAAAAGCACUGUGUAUAUUAAUUAAGAAUCUGGUGCUUCAGUAACUCCAGUAUGUUUAUGAACACAAUUCAAAGUGCUGGUGUUUUACUUCUGAAAAGCCUGUAUGGCUUGGGACCUGCGUACAUGAAGGAACAUAUUCUACCACAUCAACUUGCGGGUGUAAUAAGAUCAUCUGCCAAGAACCUCCUCUGGGUUGCACCUGCAGGAAAAGUCAAGAGGCUUAAGAGAUAUAAACAAGAUAUCUUCUUGCAUUGCUUCUGCUUUUCCAAGCCUGGCAACAGAUCAGAGCAAGAGGAGAGGGAGAGGCUGGUCAUACAAAGAUGAGAUCAUCCUUACACGCCUCUCAGAUACCCUUCUGUCUCUUUGCUUUUUCUGCCAGAGAAUCCCAGCUUGGAAAGUAGGAAGGUGCUGCUGCUGCUGUUGCCACCACUUCCUUGCUUGUUUUCAUUGUCAGGAGGGGGGCAUAGGAGUCUUCUGUCCCAAUCUUAGUGGCACUGAGGGAGAGACAGAAUUAUCUGUGAGCAUUAUCCUUGUUCCAUAAAUCUGUCUCCCUUUGCUCUGAAGAAGACACCCAGAAGUAAAGGGAAAAUGAGAACAGGGAGGGAAUACUUAAUUCUGCCAUCCACCUGUAUGCUUUUUCAUUGAAACAACAGCAAAAGCAUUUUAGUGAGGGAUGCAGUAUCAGCAGAUUUAGUGAGGGAUGCAGUAUCUGUAUAAACAGAAAUGAUACCUAACAGCUGACACUAAAUCUGACACUAAAUCUUUUUAAGGUAUGAAAAAGCUGCUGUUGAGUACCAGGAACAUAUUUGUGCCAUGACAGGAGUGGAUUGCUGUGUCACAGGAUUUGAUAAAUCUGUUCUGAAGUUGGCCAAUUCCAAUAGCGGCAAUAAUGCCAGCCCCAAACACUCUGUAAAUGGUAAGUAUUAUUGGAGGUAGAUUGUAUUGAUUUGAAUAUGAGAUAGUCACCUGUUGGCCUGAGUCUGUCCUUCCUCCGCACCCAAAUGUACCCCACUGCUGACUGAGUGAGAUGUGAAACAAUCCUAAAUCUUUACUUUCAUAGGGGAUUCGAGGAAAACAGUACUGUCUAAACCAAGUGACUCUUCACCUGAAGUCAUAAAUUACCUGGGUAACAAAGCUUGCGAAUGCUACAUCUCCAUUGCUGAUUGGUCUGCUGUGCAAGAAUGGCAGAAUGCGGUCCAUGACCUGAAAAAAACCACAAGCAGUGCCUCAGUCAGUUUAAAAGCAGACUUCAACUAUAUCAAGUAAGUACCAUUGACUUCUACAAUAGCAAAUUGUCACAAUAAUACAUGUCAGCCUGGUAAAUGGUGUAGAACAGGAAAAAUGGGAAGCAAGAAGUGCAAGAUUUUCACAGUUCAGGUAAAAACAGAUCACAGCUUUAUUUAAUUAGAAGACCAGAUAUUUGGACAAUUUCAAAGCAGGAGCCAGUGCAGGCAGCCCAAGAGAGAAACACAGACUGACUGACCCAUAUGCAGCUUGCCCAGUCUUGGGAGGAAGAUGGUAGGAAGAUGCUGUUUAUGCCUCUGUUCUUUGAUCUGACAUUCAAACUGAAGGUAGACUUCAUUUUCCACGGCUCUGCCAGUAUAGAAGCAGAAUUCAGAUCAAAAUAUUUAUGUAAAGUGACUGAAAUUCUUCUUAAACACUUAUUUUGUUGCUUUGGUUAAAGCUUUCUUGACAAAUAGGAUAUUAAAUUUAUCUGGCUUUCCCUGUUCUGAUUUAGAAUGGCUAUAACAUAAAAUAUGAAAAUGUAUUAAAACUUCAUUGCAGGUCUCUAAGCAGUUUUGGAUCUGGGGAGCUGGAAAAAUGUACAGAACAACUAGAAUUGCUUCCAGGGGAAGACAUCAACCUGCUUAUUGGAGGAGCCAAAGAAAAAAUAGGUAUAAGUUGAACACUAAUAGAUACAUGAAGAUUCUCAAGUUCUUUAAGCCUUGGAACUCUAUUUUAAUUUCCAUGCUUGUACAUGGGUGAUGUUACUUCUAUGUUCUGUUGGUGGGAGGGGAGAAACAGAAAGAAAGAGAGUAUCUGCCAGCAGCUACUGAUAAAUCUAUAUGUAUUGUCAACCUUUGCAGAUAUGAAGAAGCUUCUUCCCAACAUGCUAUCUCCUGAUCCAAGAGAACUUCAGAAAGCAAUUGAGGUUCAAUUAUUGAGAAGCUCGAUAUGUUUGGCAACAGCUAUUAACCAUAUUGAACAGGAACAAAAAUGGCAACCCGUUACUGAGUAAGUCUUUCAAAAUGCUAAUGCAGCACUUCCAAAAAUUAGAAUAGAGCACAGGAGUUUUCUAUAGGCUCUCCUCCCCAGGCAACUGCAGUCCCAGGCUGAGUUGUAUUAAAAGAUAUAUAAAAUGACAGAAUCUAAAAUCAAGUGCGGUAUUACAAAAGGUGCAGCAGCAAUAUAUCAAAAUGGGGUGGUCGGAGUAAUAGUAGUAGUAGUAGUAAUAAUAAUAGUAGUAGUAGUAAUAGUAAUAAUAAUAAUAGUAGUAGUAGUAGUAGUAGUAGUACAGUGGUACCUUGGGUUAAGAACUUAAUUCAUUCUGGAGGUGCGUUCUUAACCUUGAGGUUUAAGCUAAUGGGGCCUCCCACUGCUGCUGCGCCGCCAGAGCACGAUUUCUGUUCUUAUCCUGAAGCAAAGUUCUUAACCCGAGGUACUAUUUCUGGGUUAGCGGAGUCUGUAACCUGAAGCGUCUGUAACCCGAGGUACCACUGUUAAUAAUAGUAGUAGUAGUAAUAAUAAUAACAAUAAUAAAUUUCUUAUCCCCCACCCAUUUGAUUGGGUUGCCCCAGUCACUCUGGGCGGUUUCCAACAAAAAUGCAAAUAGAAGGGGGGAGGGAAGAGAAACAUACUUUAAAAUCUUCCCCAAACAGGGCUUCCUUCAGACCUCUAUGAAAAAUUAUAUUCUUUGACAUCUGCUGGGAGGGCAUUCCAAGUGUGGGUGCGACUGCCGAAAAGGCCUUCUGCCUGGUUCCCUGUAAUUUCACUUCUUGCAGUGAGGGAAGCGCCAGAAGGCCCUUGGAGCUGGACCUUAGAAUUAAGUAAAACAUCUCACCCUACCCCCUCCGAAAGCUUUCACAACAAAGUGCUGAUGGAAGACGUACAAUAACAGUGCAGGAUGUACCUCUGUGGGGAGAGCAUAAUUAGCACUGCCUACUGUGUUAAGAAAAUGGGGCUUAUUUAUAUCUGACUGGAAUGUUAAUGCUCAAGACAGAACUUCACACCUUGUUCUCACUUUCAUAAUUUAAAAUACAGGGCAUUGCAUAAUGAUUUGUACAUACAUUUAUUUUGUGAAGUAUAACUGCUUUAAUAAUUCUUAUCUCAUGCAAUCUUUUUUUCAGGAACCUUGUGAAAUACUUGAAACAGACUUCACGAAUUGCCAUUGGGCCUUUAAGACUUGCUACGCUGACAGUGUCUCAGUCUUUGCCAGUACUGAGUACUCUGCAGCUGUACUGCUCAUCUGCUUUGGAAAAUACAGUGUCAAAUAAGCUUUCUUCAGAGGUAUUUUUCUUUUGCAAUAACCCAAGCGUUUGGUAAAUUCACAGGUUUAUGUGCCCCGACACACACAUUCAUGUGUGGAUUGCCCUGCUAUACUGUAUAUAUUGGCACAUUGAGGAGAGAAAUUCCAUCAGCUAGUGGCUCCACAUCAGCUGAUGUGGAACAGGACCAAAACUGUCAACAGUAAUACUUUCAGAGGGAAUAGUAACUUUCUGCCCCUAUGCUGGUGUAAAUUACACAAAGCCUGGUGUUAGCAUUGUGAUUUGUGUUACUGCCUAUUAGUGCUGUUGUGAAUGGUCACUGUGCUUAUCUUGUGUACAUUCCACAUUAACUGAUAAGGCACAUGAACUGUGGCAUCUGGAUUAAACAUAUAAGGUUGUAUCCAUCUAAAUUAUAUUCAAGAGGAGACCCACUGAAAUUAACAAGCCUAAGUUAUUCAUGUAUAUUAAUUUCAGCGGAUCUACUCUUGAGUCGGACUAACAUUUGAUGCAACACAAAAAUUUAGUUCAAAGAACCUGUGAAGGAAUGUUUUUAUUAGAAGGUUAAGGGAAAACCAGAGCUUUUUAGGCAGCUUAAAGCCCUAUCAAGCACUCAACUUUUAUGCUUUUUACAGGAUUGUCUCAUUCCUCUCUUCAGUGAAGCAUUGCGUUCAUGCAAGCAACAUGAUGUUAGGCCAUGGAUGCAUGCCUUAAGAUAUACCAUGUACCAGAAUCAGUUGCUGGAGAAACUUAAAGGUAUAGACAUUAAAGUAGAAGCAUCUGUGUUCUGUAGGGUUAAUUUGCCUCCAAUUUUUGUUAUUGCUCAUUACCUAUGAUAUUCCCUGUUUUGACUCACCUGCCUAUUUCAUCAUGUGCAUGUUCCUCUGACUGUAAGUGAAGUAUCAACUUAUUCAGAAUAACAGGUUUCAUCAGAACUAGAUACUUUUGGGAUUAUAUUAGCAAAAGAUUUCAGAUCUUUUCACAUUUAAGUAAAAUGUAAAAAAAAAAAAAAGUCUAUGGCAAUACUAUUUAAAGAUAAGGAACUUUAAAAAGACUUUUUUGGACACUUUUGGCUUAUCAUCAUCAUCAUUCCACACCAGUGGACCAUCUUAAUGUAUAGCUGUGUAGCAGAAUUUACGAAAGCAGCUUCAAAACUCAUACUAUAUAUACAUAUAAGGUUGACGACAUUUCAUUCACAAUAAAUAUCCAUUACAUACAAAGCCCAUACAGUAUUCAGUAUAUAAGUUUAAACAGUUUAUUUGAUUCAGAGGACAUUUCUGGCUUUAUAUGUACUUUCAGAGCAAAGUAUUCCAGUCAGAAGCCAUUUAAUGGAACUGGGACUGACUGCUGCAAGAUUUGCUAGAAAACGUGGGAAUGUUGCUUUGGCAACACGGUUGCUUGCACAGUGCAGUGAAGUUCAGCUUGGAAAAACCACAAUGGCUCAAGAUUUAGUCCAGCACUUUAAAAAAGUCUCAACACCAAUUCAGAUGGAUGAGAAAUGGGGUCCUGAGCUUGAAAUUGAAAAAACCAAAUUGUUAUACACAGCAGGUAAGUCUCAUUUACAUGUUUGUAUUGCAAAUCACUGAAAUUCAGUCAAACUUUAAUUUAAAUGUUUAGAUAAAAAAACUAAAUCUGCCUUUUUAAAUGUCUGGGUACAUGCUAAUGUUUACUAUGAGGGUAUUAGAUCAGAAUAAAAAGUUAUGUAGGUUUAUCAAAGGGUCUGUGCAUCUAGUGUUAGUCCUACUGAGAUUGAAAUUAAUAGACUUGGCUAAUUUAGGUCUAUUAAUUUCAGUGGAUCUACUCUGAGUAAAAGAAGGCUCCAACCUUGUGUAACAAGUGGAUUUUUUGACAUUGUAAACCCACAUGCCCUUCUUCAAACUAUUUUCCAAACUCUUCAGUUUUCAAAAGUGACUUGCUAUGGGAGCGUGGCCAGGAUGGGGAAGACCAACUUCUUUUCUUUUUUGAGAAAUGCAAAUCCAUACCGCUUUGGGGUGAUGGGUCUAGUAAUGUGUGGGUUCUUGGCUCUUGUCAUUAAUCAAUUCUCCACAUAUAACUUAGUUGGCAGUAAAAAAAUCAUUGGUGUUCUCUGAAGCAUGCAAAAUAAAAACUGAUUAUGCAACUAAAAUGAUAUUAAUUUUACUGGUUUUUUUCCCCAGGCCAGUCAACCCAUGCAAUGGAAAUGCUGAGCUCAUGUGCCAUCUGCUUUUGCAAAUCUGCCAAAGCUGAAUAUGCUGUAGCCAAGUCUAUUCUUACACUAGCCAAAUGGAUCCAAGCCGAAUGGAAAGAGAUUUCAGGGCAGCUGAAGCAAGUCUACAGAGCACGGCAGCAACAAAAUCUUGCUGGCCUCUCCACAUUAUCUAAAAACAUCUAUAGUUUGAUUGAUCUGCCAUCUGCUAACACCAUUGAAGAAGACUAUCCUAGGAUUGAAAGUGAAUCCACAGGUAUAAAAGUUCCUCUGUUAGUUUUCUGCUUUGUCUGCAUACAUGUUUGAUAUGGUGGUUCCAUGCUGUUCAGUAAGAGGCAACAUUAAUUAUAGGCCAGAGGUGAACAGCCUGUGACCCUUGGCAGAAAUGUGGCCUCUGCCUAGUUUUUUGCAGCCCUUUGCCUAAUUUUGAAGGUCCUCUGGCAAGAGGUACCUGUCCCACUAGGGUGGGGUGGGAUGUGGAGAGAAGGGGGUGAUCCUGUCAGUUGUGGCUUCUGCCGCAACCAUGCAGCCCUUACAGAUUGGUCAAUUAGAUGGUCAUACCCUCGAGCAAGUACAUAGGUUUAAAUACCUAGGAUUACUUACGGAUGAAAAGCUUUCAUGGAAACUCCACCUGGAUGCAACCAAGUUAUCUGCCCACUCUGCUGGGCAGCAAUUCAGGUUCUUCCAUUCGAAGGGGGAGGGCAGUUAAUCAAUCAAGCCCUCAAGAUCUGUGUGUCAAAGAUCAUUGCACAAGUGCUUUACAGGGCUGAGAUCUAGGAAUUCUUUAUUCGUCAUUCUAAUUCAAAUUAAGUAUUUGAAGUGUUGGGCUAUUUGGUCCAGCUAAAGUUAAUGUAGAUCUCCCAAGUGUAGACUGUCAAAAACUUGAAAUUUCUCUGGAACUGCAGUGAGCAAAACAUAGGAUCCGCUGGUAGAUUGUUAGAUGGUUUGCAGCAGAUUGGCAAUGGUUUCUGGCAAGCAACAACACCCCCCCUCCCCAUUGGACUGUUAGAGCUGUAUUUUUCAUAGCUUUGAUGUCGUUUUGAACAUAAAUGUGCAGGAGAUUGGCUCUUUGGGUAGUUGGCUGUGCUCCUGAGGUACCAUUUUGCAUUAGGCUAUAUGUGACUUGGCCAUACUUUUCAUUGUUUCUUCUUGGUAGACCUCAGUAGUCUAGUAAAAAGCAAAGCAAAUCUUGGCAAGCCUGAAGUUUAAUCAUGUGCCCAGAGGGUUAUGAUACCAUUGUACCUUUUUGAAGCAUCCACUUCAUGCUUUGUUCUUUCAUUGCAGUAAACAUUGGUGUUGGAGAACCUGACUUCAUCUUGGGACAGCUCUAUCGCUUGUCUUCGGCACAAGCACCUGAAGUAGCCAAAUCAUGGGCAGCACUUGCCAGCUGGGCUUAUAGAUGGGGACGAAAGGUAGUUGAUAAUGCCAGGUAAAUCUUACUUUUUAACACCAAAAUGCACUCUGAACAUGUUUCACAUUAAGUGAUUUUCCUACUAUUAUGAAACUUUCCUGGUUAACAUUGUGCUCUCCUGUCAAACAAGAUGGCUUGCUAAUGUAUGAACCUUGCUGGCUGAGUAAGAUGAUUCCCAUUACUGAAAACCCAGGAGGUAUAGAUAUGCGGCUUACAGUAUGGCAGUGACCGAGAGCACAGUGGGUCAUUUUGUUCUUCUGAUGAGCCAUUGGAUGCUAGAAUUUGAAUUCCUCAGAUUUAUAAGGAAUAAUAAACUAAAGGCUCUCUUUAAAGCUGGCUGUUUGGUGGGAACUGCUGUGCAAAGUUCUUUGCAAGCCCUGUGCAGCAAUUAGCUCACAGUCAAAGCUUGCUUUCUGUAGGUAUCAGGAAACUCCAAUUCAGCCUGUCCAGCAGCCUUUGGCUUUUCCACCUGGGCAACAGAGCUGAAGCAUAUUGUCCCUUGCCAAUGCACAUUAGGGAGCACACUUUAAAAGCUUCCAGUUGUGCAUUAGGAGCAGAGUCCUCUUCCUGCUGUUGCUUAUGAUGUCAGGUGUUGGACAGAUGGGGAUGGUUUGGGGAAAACAGCUUCACGGGCCAAGAUUCUGCACCUUGGUCUAUACUCCCUUUCCAUUCCAGAUAAAGUCACUUAUUUUGCCCUUCCAUUCCUCUAAAGAUCUUUGCAGUUGCUUGCCUUUUCUUCUCUUGCACUGAGAAGAGCCUGACAGUUAAACAGACCAUAUUUUCUGACUUGGUAUUGUAUCUGAAUGCAGUCAUAGCUUGGAAGUAACUACAGUUGUUGCUGAUGACUCUGCAGCACUGAAUUGCAACUUACAGUUGCAAGCCUUUGUGCAGAGAUGAUGUUUUCACCUAAAGCAGCAAGUAAUUUAAAUGCUAGAGUAUUAGAAGUCAAUGCACAGUGUAGCAAAGAUAUGUUAGCACCAUGCUUAUUCCUUACUUUCAAAGUUGAUAAAAUAUGUGGUGUUAUACAGUCAGGGAGGUGUUCGUCUACUGCCAAGAGAGAAAUCUGAAGUUCACAGCCUACUUCCAGAAAACGUUACAGAAGAAGACAGAGAGAAAAUCUAUGGCAUCCUUGGACAGGCAGUGUGCCGGCCAGCUGGGAUUCAGGUUAGUAUAAAUUAACUUUCAGAAGUGUUUCAUUUGUCAGGGGUAGCUAACAUGGUGCUUUCCAGAUUCUGUAGACUACAAAUUGCAUCAGCCCCAGCCAGUAUUUUCAGUGAUUAGAACUGAUUAUGUUUAAUAUGAUUGGCAAAUGCCACUAAUAAGACCCAGCAUAAAUAGGCUAGAUAGCAUAUUAGUUUUUUGAGCUUUGGAAAAAAACAAGCCACCUUUUAUAACAGGUUGGUUAUUUAAAUGUGAGACACCGGUUCAAAGCAAAAACUUGACAAACGAUUUAUGUAUACAUGAAGAGGAUUGAAUAUUACCAUUAUUUGUAAGUGUGUACGUGAUGGGUAAAAUUGUUUAUUUUUGUUUAACUUUAAUUUAGGACGAAGACAUAACUCUUCAGAUUUCAGAGAAUGAAGAUAACGAAGAAGAUGAUAUGGUUGAUGUCAUCUGGCGGCAGUUGUUGACGAGCUGUCCUUGGCUUUCAGACCUUGAUGAAAAUUCAACUGAGGGCCUAAUCAAAGUGUGGAGAAAAGUUGUAGACAGAAUCUUCAGUCUUUAUAAACUCUCAUGCAGUGCCUAUUUUACUUUCCUUAAACUCAAUGCUGGUCAGGUAUGCUGUACGUUUUGACUAGUGAUGUAAGCAAGGUUUAUGUUUUGUUUUUAAAGUCUUUGGGGCUUGUGGGAGAGCUGUAUGUUCAGUGAGGUUGUUUGUUUUCAUGUGUAGGUUCCUCUGGAUGAAGAUGAUCCCAGACUGCAUCUAAGAAACAUUUCAGAACAGAGUACUGAUGAUGUGAUUGUAAUGGCAACCUUAAGGCUGCUGAGGCUGCUUGUGAAACAUGCUGGAGAACUCCGGCAGUAUCUGGAACAUGGGCUGGAAACCACCCCGACAGCUCCAUGGCGAGGUAUGGAAGAUCUCAGGCUCUUUUGAGAAGGAAUCCCACAAGUUAGGGGCUGCCUCCGUCUCCACUGUUUGGUAGCAGAAUAACAUUUAUUCCAGUUACUUGUAAAUGGAGUAAAAUUAUGUUGCCCUUUAAAAAUGAAAAAAAAAAAAGAGAGAGAGAGAGAGGCAAAUGUGUUCUGUGGUAAGCUUAUUUCUGUGCUUUUAUCUUCAUAAAGGUAUUAUUCCUCAACUCUUCUCACGUCUAAAUCAUCCUGAAGUAUAUGUUCGUCAGAGCAUUUGUAAUCUUCUUUGUCGGGUAGCACAAGAUUCUCCUCACCUUAUAUUAUACCCUGCAAUUGUGGGUACUAUUUCACUUAGCAGCGAAUCUCAAGCUUCAGGUAUGUUUUGGUAGUCAUAUUUAUAUUUGCCCAUCCCAAUUCCAUCCUUCAUGUCACAUACCAUUUCAGAAGAUCCCCCAACCUUCAUUUAACUUACCUUUCUUUAACACUUUUAUCUUUUAACAUCUUUACAGUUAAGAAUUUCUAGUAGUUGUAGCUGAGCUAUCUCACAGGUGUGCAGUUCCACUGUUGCCAAUACCUGGAUUUAACUUCAAUAGAUUAACUGGUUUUACAAAAUCUACAGUUGCCAGACCUCAAUUCAGCAUAGUUUUCCUGUCUUGUCACGCAGCUGAGUGUGACAGGUGUUACUUAAACACACUCACAGUAUUUUGAGAGUUUCCUCUUGCAUGAGCACACAGAGUUUAUAGAUGUUGUAGUCAAAGGCAAAUCGUUAUAAUGCUGGUCAAAGAUACAGUUUUACAGCAUCCAGCUGGCCUUUGUGUUUUGACCUAACCUGUUGACCUAAUAUUUUCUCUUUAAAACCUAGGGAGCAAAUUCCCGUCAGCAAUACCUACCUUUUUGGGUAACAUCCAGGGUGAAGAGUUGUUGGGUAGUGAGUGUGAUGAGGGAAGUCCCCCUGCUUCUCAAGAGAGCAUAAAGGAUGAGCCAAAAAUGGGCCUAAAUGAAGACCAGGCGAUGAUGCAAGACUGCUACAGCAAGAUUGUAGAGAAGUUGUCAGCUGCAAAUCCAACAAUGGUGUUGCAGGUAUAAUUGCAGUUCAGCCAGAAUUUGGGGAUAUUUGUGUUUGGAGUCGAAUCGAGUGCUUCAUGUGUUGUGUACUUACGCAGGAAGAAAUCCAUUAUAUUUACUCUGGGAAUUAAAUUUUGAGACUUUUAGAAGUGCAACUGCACAGUUAAAAAUGCACAAUUUUUUUUUGUUAUCAAUCCAGGUUCAGAUGCUCGUAGCAGAAUUGCGCAGAGUUACUGUUCUUUGGGAUGAACUUUGGCUUGGAGUGCUUUUGCAACAGCACAUGUAUGUCCUUAGACGGAUUCAGCAGCUGGAAGAUGAAGUAAAGAGAGUCCAGAACAACAACACUCUGCGCAAGUAUGUUUCCACCAAAGUGUAUAUGGAUAUGUGUUGCAAAUGGGCAGCCUUUCCUCCUGAUAAUUAAUGGUGCUAUUUUUUUAAUGGCAUGUCAUGAUUUUUGUAGCCUGAAGAACAAUCACAUCAUGAAAACAGCCCUAUAAUAUUAAUUUACCUCUACUUAAGAUACUAAAGUGCCACAAAGGGAGUAGUAGAAAGUGUCCUUACUGGUGUGGAAAGGGUUUUUUGGAUGUUCAGCAAAUUAUACUCAGUUCCUUUUGUUUCUCACUGUCCAAGGUUUCAGAGAACUCUGGAGACAGAAUAUCAUGUAGUGUAAAUUCUGAUUCUAGAUAAUCUGGGGUGUGUGUGUUUAAUACAUUUAUUUACAUUCUUUUUCAUGGUUGGCUUUAAAAUAACAAAGUUCCUUUCAUUGUUUUUGGGAGCAAUAUCUAGAAAUUCCAGCAUACUUGAAAUGCAAGUGACACUUUUGCCAAAACCUUUAUCUCUUUUUUUUCAAGAGAGGAAAAAAUAGCCAUCAUGCGUGAAAAGCACACUGCCCUAAUGAAGCCCAUUGUAUUUGCUUUGGAACACGUGAGGAGCAUCACUGCGGCUCCUGCUGAAACGCCGCAUGAGAAGUGGUUUCAGGACAACUAUGGAGAUGCAAUUGAAAAUGCCCUAGAAAAACUAAAGAACCCAUCUAAUCCUGCAAAGCCUGGAAGCAGCUGGAUUCCUUUUAAAGAGGUAUAGUACGUCUCUCUUUCCAAGAAUACAAUAACUUAGAAUAUUUUUCUCUGCUGUGGAAGAAUAAAAAAAAAAAGGGUGCUGCUGUUGUAAUUUAGAAUAUUAAUGGUUUUGUGGGUAAUGACAAGGUUUAGGUUUUAGAGAAUUGAGAAAAAGCAAUAGAAAAAUGGACUAGAAAUACCAAUAGUUCUUAAAUUUUCUACGCUAGAGGUUGCUUUCAUUUUUGGCCCAUGGGCACAUUUGCAAACUGCCAUUGCCACUUCAAUCCAUAUGUUUUCUUCUCUCCCCCACCCUCCUGACUGUGCCACUGGAAAAAAUUGGGCCAGUCAGACGAACAGCUUCUUCUGCCAGUGUGGUACACGGCUAUAUGGAGAGGUUUAAGUUUCUCAUUCAUGUUGCUCAGAUUGGCCAUAUGAAAAGUGGGGAGGGAACAAUUUUCAUCACAUUGCAGGUUUGGGUGGGAGGCCCUGCCUUUCCCACUUUCCAUGUUGAGGGUUAAAAUAACUUGUCCCCUACACAUCUCAGCUGCUUUUCAUGGAUCAGCUGAGGAGCAAGGAGGGGGUGGGCAGGGAAUGCUGUGUGGCUACUUUUGGGAUGCAGCCCCCAACACCUUUCUGCAGUAGCUAAUAAAAACCAAACAGGCACCUUCUAAGAUGUCUUCAGUUUUGUGAAUUCCUUUGGAAUUAGUGGGUUGUAUCCAGGUAAGCUCUGUUGGGAGGAGGCUCAUUGAAAUUUAUGGCUCUAAUGUAGUCAUGUCCAUUAUUUUCAGCAGGUCUACUCUGAGUAGGAUUAGCACUGACUACAACCCAGUAUUUUGAUAGACUGGAACCAUGCAAGGGUCUGGACCUCAUCUUCUUCAACCUUGUGUCUUUUAAAAAUUAGGUAAUGCUCAGUCUUCAACAGAGAGCCCAGAAGCGGGCCAGUUACAUUCUACGUCUCGAGGAAAUAAGCCCCUGGCUGGCUGCCAUGACGAACACUGAAAUAGCUCUCCCUGGAGAAGUGUCUGCCAGAGACACGGUCACAAUUCAUAGUGUAGGAAGCACCAUAACAAUUCUGCCUACUAAAACCAAGCCCAAGAAGCUCCUGUUUCUGGGCUCAGAUGGGAAAAACUACCCAUACCUUUUCAAAGGUGAGAACAUUCUGUAACUUCUCCUUGUCCUAAGCAGAAAAAUUUUAAUGGAGGAUAUAUUGCAUUCCCUUUUCCAGUUACAUUACGUACUGUCUGGUUUGCGUCUAUUUUUCACUGCAGGACUGGAAGACCUGCAUCUUGAUGAACGGAUCAUGCAGUUCUUAUCCAUUGUUAAUACGAUGUUUGCUACCAUAAAUCGCCAAGAGACACCCCGUUUCCAUGCCAGGCAUUACUCUGUUACUCCACUAGGAACACGAUCAGGCCUAAUUCAAUGGGUGGAUGGAGCCACUCCUUUAUUUGGACUUUAUAAAAGGUGGCAGCAGCGAGAAGCAGCUUUACAAGCACAAAAGGUAAUGACUACAUUAUACAUGCUGGCACCAGUUGUGAAGUAAACUCUGUAGUUUUACAUUAUAAUUCAUGGAAGUAUUAACGGUUACUGAGACAGAAUCAAAAUUCUGAUUAAAAUUCUAAGUAUAUGCUGAAAUGUGGUGUCUUAUAAGGGUUAUUUUAAAAUUAAUUUGAGGUGCAGAGAUUAAUUAGAACACCUGAUCAUAAUAAUGAAAUGUGUGUGUGUGUGUGUGUGUGUGUGAGAGAGAGAGAGAGAGAGAGAGAGAGAGAGAGAGAGAGAGAAAUGUUGUGUGUGUGUUGAACGGUGUGUAUGUGUCCUCCUCUCAGCCUGCAGAGCUGUAACUUGGAAGGCUGGAUUUUGGACUGGGGACAUCUAUGAACUCUGCUCUAGUGUGAUAACAGGACAUAGAAACUCACGCCUUUAAAACGUGCGUGUGUUGUUGUAUGCACAAGUUCAGACCUGCUCUGUGCAGUGUCUCUUAUCUUAUGUAGCUUAUGCAGAUAUUGAGGUGCUCUUUGGAAAAAAGCAUUUGCUGAGUCUGGAGUUAGAGGCACCUCCCAGUCCUCCUGCCGCCCCAGAUGCAGAAAUCUGAAAGAGGCAGAGAUUCUACAUGUACUUUGGUCCUUGGGACGAUUUGCUCCUGAUUCCAGUACUGCCUAUAUGGAAAACAUGAGCAUUACAUUGUUUCAUUGUUAAGCAAUGCUGGCUAUAGGAGAGUGCAUAUUCUUGGAGCAGGAAAGGGAUGGUGCAUACCAGAGCCUAGAUGCCAUCUUCUGUCUUGCUGUCCAUGUGCAGCACAGAUAUAGCAGCCAUGGGAAAUAAUAGUUGGAGCAACAGCACUUAAUGCAACAGGAGAUCUUGGAAAGCAGAGUGGGUGGGAAACUGGGAAGCAAUAUGAGACACACACACCCCGGCUAAUUCUUCUUAAAUUGAUUUAGCUUGGAACUGCAAAAGGGUCAGUAGCAAGGAGCACCCUAUAUAUUAAAUGCAAACACAAAGAUUUAUUCAUCUGUUGCAGACAAUCUUCCAGCCAGGGUUUAAAUAUAUGACAUGUUGAUUCUGUCCCAAGAUAUAAUGGAAUAGUAGUUGAACUGUGCAAUUGACUUUUUUAGGCCCAAGAUUCAUACCAGACUCCUCAGAAUCCUGGAAUAGUACCUAGACCUAGUGAACUGUACUACAGUAAGAUCGGACCAGCUUUGAAGGCAGUUGGGCUUAGCUUGGAUGUAUCCCGUCGAGACUGGCCUCUAAAUGUAAUGAAGUCUGUUUUGGAAGAGUUAAUGGAAGUAACACCUCCCAAUCUUCUUGCUAAAGAACUUUGGUCAUCAUGCACUACACCUGAUGAGUGGUGGAGAGUCACACAGGUAUGUAGAGACCUUUCCUAAUAGAAUCUUAAUGUUUGAGUAGGUUUAGUCUAAUAUCUCCUUGCCUUAUGUACACAAACAACCAUGCUUUCCAUCUAAAUUUGGUGGAUUCUUGUAAAAAUCCUGAGUGGCUUUUCAGAAAAGUUAUUUCAGAAUAAUUUCAACGGAAGAACAAACCAUCUUGCUUUAUUGCUCGGGCUGCCACUUAAUUUCAAAAGUAAAAUUGGCAGAUGUGCUUUCCCACUAGGUAGCGGUCUGUUUUAGGGUCAGGGAGAGGCACAGCUUGUUGAGGAUCACAUACAUACACACAUACAUACAUUGCUUCAGGAUAGGCACCUGUGAUCCUUCACAUGCUGUUGGAAUUGUUAACAUCAGCCCCAACCAGCAUUGCCAGUGGACAUUGAAUUAUGAGAGUUGUAGUCCACCAACACCUGGAGAGCAAUAGUUACCUAUCCCUCAUUUGCUUCUUAUACCACAUCUGUUAGUCGGACAGUAGAAAUAGAAAUGUGUCCGUGCUCAUUCUUCUCCCUGGCCUGGUGCUUCUCCUUGAGCAUAAUUAGCCUUUGUGUGAAUAAAGGAGCAUGUGGCUUAUAGUUAAGCUAUAUAAUGACACCCCCCCAAAAAAAAACCUUUUAGUAGUUUUUUAUAUAGAGUACACUUUUUAAAAUGGUGGAGAAAAGAGAUUUAUAUAUAUAUUUUUUAAUGAUAUUUAUUAAGGUUUCAAAGAGGAAAAAAAUUACAUAAAUAAAAAAAGAAAAAAAGACAAAAAUAAAAAUACAAAGUACAGAAAAAAGAUAAAAAAACAUUUAAAAAGAAAACACACCAAUCUUUCCAUGUCAUAUAUUCAUAUCCUUACUUCCCUGACCUCCUCACACCUCCCUUUUUUGUAUUCCAAUUCAGUUAGUUAAUUCAGCAAUUUCUUUCCCUCUUUGUUUUUAUCUUAAUCCUUUAACUUAAUAUAUUAUAACUUUGAGUUCUGACCUGUUAAUAAUCCAUUUUUCAUACACCUUUAUAACAUUGCUGCUUAAACCACUUAACUUCAUUCUGACAUCAUUCUAACAUUCAUUAAUUUUGCAAUAUUUCUGUAAAUAGUCUUUAAAUUUCUUCCAAUCUUCUUCCACCGACUCUUCUCCCUGGUCUCGGAUUCUGCCAGUCAUUUCCGCCAGUUCCAUGUAGUCCAUCACUUUCAUCUGCCAUUCUUCCAGGGUGGGUAGAUCUUGCGUCAUCCAAUACUUUGCAAUAAGUAUUCUUGCUGCUGUUGUGGCAUACAUAAAGAAAGUUCUGUCCUUCUUUGGCACCAUUUGGCCGACCAUGCCCAGGAGAAAGGCCUCUGGUUUCUUCAGAAAGGUAUAUUUAAAUACCCUUUUCAUUUCAUUAUAAAUCAUCUCCCAGAAAGCCUUAAUCCUUGGGCACGUCCACCAAAGGUGAAAGAAUGUACCUUCAGUUUCCUUACAUUUCCAACAUUUAUUAUCAGGCAAAUGAUAGAUUUUUGCAAGCUUGACUGGUGUCAUGUACCUCCUGUAUAUCAUUUUCAUAAUAUUCUCUCUUAAGGCAUUGCAUGCCGUAAACUUCAUACCUGUGAGAAAAGAGAUUUAUAAUGAUGAAACUUCCUCUCCCCCCCCCGCCUUCCCAGUCUUAUGCAAGAUCCACUGCAGUUAUGUCCAUGGUUGGCUACAUUAUCGGCCUCGGAGACAGACAUCUGGACAACGUUCUUAUAGACAUGACUACUGGAGAAGUUGUUCACAUAGAUUAUAAUGUUUGCUUUGAGAAAGGGAAAAGCCUUCGAGUGCCUGAGAAAGUUCCAUUCCGGAUGACACAAAAUAUUGAAACAGCAUUUGGAGUAACAGGAGUGGAAGGCGUUUUCAGGCUUUCUUGUGAACAGGUAGGCCAUGGGAUAUUAGGCUUUAAGGAAGUCUUGAAUUUCUGUGAAUGAAGCUUUUGCUCUAUGGGGGGCCUUUUCAGUAGUGUCUUAAGUGUGGAAUGCCCCCCCCCCCCCCCCAGGAAGGCCUGCCGAAUCUUGCCACUGAAUGCUUUCAGAAGUUGGGUUGAAACUCCCUAACACAGGAUUUGGGCUUGGUAGCUAAUUGCAAGUGCACAUUUUAAAUGAUAUAUGUAAUACGCUUUAAAAACAGGUUCUGCACAUCAUGCGGCGAGGACGAGAAACCCUUCUGACAUUAUUGGAAGCUUUUGUUUAUGACCCACUUGUGGACUGGACCGCAGGGGGAGAAGCAGGGUUUGCUGGAGCAGUGUAUGGUGGAGGUGGGCAGCAAGCUGAAAACAAGCAAAGCAAGAGAGAGAUGGAAAGAGACAUCACACGUAGCCUCUUCUCUUCCAGAGUAGCUGAAAUAAAGGUAUGUUCAGUCCUUUCAAAAAUUCGUUUUAUAUGUAUCUGCUUGUUACUUUAGAUUCCAGGAACAGUGUGCAAAAUUGCUUGCAGGAAUUAACUCGAAACAGGUUUUAGAUUACAGUAUUUCAAGCACGCUUCCAUCUUAGUGAAUCUAUUUAUGCUGUAACUUUAGAAAUACAUACAGACAACAUGAGGGUUUUUUUGUUUUUUUUAAUUUUCUUACAAAAAUGUGAUUUUUCGAUUGACUUGCCUAAGAUCCAGGACAAAGCGUCACCUUCUGGAAAUCCCCCCUGGAAGUCAAUUUCGCCUUUGAAAUUCCAGUAAAGUCUGGGAAAAUCCAGACAUGUGGCAGUCCUAGUCCAGGGGAACUUUUGGUAAUCUGAGAAACUGAUUGAUAAUACAAAAUACACAAUUCACCAAAGGGAAGACUGAUGAUAGUCAGAACCCCGAAAACAAACAAAAACAGGCAAAACAUUCCAUCAAAACAUAACAGACAAGAAAGUAGGCAACAAAGUAGGCAACCUUCCCAAUAAAACCUCAGUUUUAAAAUAAAAUGGAGGCAGGAGGCUUUGAUGGGUUAGGUGGUUGUUAGAAGAUGCUGUAGUGAUCAUGAGCACCAUGUUGGAGACCCAGUUUUUGCCAUCCUGUCAUUCAAACAUUAAUUUUGCUCUGAAGUUUUAAAAUGUGUGACUUGUUCACCUUUUUAUUUGUUUAAUACUCAGUCUAAUUUAGUGAUAACAAUGUCAGUUUCGCUCCACUUGUGAUACUGGUAGAGAAAAGUGGUAUCAAGUGUUAUUCAUAAGUAUGUAACAUAAAUCUUGUCUACAGGUCAACUGGUUUAAGAACAGGGAUGAGAUGCUGGCUGUGCUUCCUAAGCUGGAUGGCAGUUUAGGGGAAUAUUUAAAUUUGCAAGAGCAGUUGACUGAUGUUGAAAAAUUGCAAGGCAAAUUACUAGAAGAGAGUGCCUACCUGGAAGGAGCAGAAGCAGCGGAUCACCCAUGUCACACACUGCAGAACAGGUACGAGAAAUCUCACUUUAGUUUAGAUAUUCAAAUGCUUUAUGGAAAUUCAAAACUGCAUAUGUUUCUCUAGAAUUUGGAGUUUUUAAAAAAAUCACUUAAUGUGGCUUCUUCCUUUUUAACACAGAUAUUCUGAACACACUCAGCUGCAAUCUCAGCAGAGAGCAGUACAAGAAGCAAUCCAGGUGAAACUGAAUGAAUUUGAGCAGUGGAUAUCUCAUUACCAAGCUGCUUUCAAUAAUCUGGAAGCAACUCAGCUCGCAAGUCUCCUUCAGGAAAUCAGUACCCAAAUGGAUCUUGGUAAUGAAACAAAUUAGGUGGUCUCCUUCCCCCCACCCCGCCCCAUUGUUCGUAUUGUGAAGCAGAGCAAGGUGGCAGAUUAAGGGGAAGUAAAAUGGUGUUGGGGGGUGUUUUUGUUUUUACUACAAGGAGUUAACAUUUUUAUAUGUUCAGAAUACUUCUUGUUACAAUACUGUACUAGGCAGUCAGCUGCUGAAUGUCUGCUUCCUUUGGAAUGUAUUGCAUUGGUAUGCAAUGGAUAUCAGGUUAUUCUAGGCCAACCAUAGGUAGAGGUAAAGGGACCCCUGCCCAUUAGGUCCAGUCGCAGACGACUCUGGGGUUGCAGCGCUCAUCUCGCUUUAUUGACCGAUGGAGCAGGCGUACAGCUUCUGGGUCAUGUGGCCAGCAUGACUAAGCCGCUUCUGGCAAACCAGAGGAGCACACUGAAACGCCAUUUACCUUCCCGCCAGAGCGGUACCUAUUUAUCUACUUGCACUUUGACAUGCUUCCGAACGGCUAGGUUGGCAGGAGCAGGGACCGAGCAACGGGAGCUCACCCCAUCACGGGGAUUCGAACUGCCAACCUUCUGAUCAGCAAGCCCUAGGCUCUGUGGUUUAACCCAUAGUCCCAACCAUACUGUGUGCAUAUUCCUUUAGCUUCAACAAGGGUAGUCAACAUGGUGCCCUCCAGAUAUUGUAGACUACCAGAUGUUGUUGACUACCACUCCUAUCUCCUCUGAUCUGUGGCCUUGCUGACCGGGACUGAUGGAAGUUAUGGUCUAAAAUAUGUGCAAGGCUGUUGCUGAAUAUGUUUUGCCCCUGAACAUUUUCCUCCCCUGUAGUUAGGUUUUAACAUCCUUCCUUUUUUAAUGGUUCAUUUUGAAGGUCCUCCAAGUUAUGUCCCUGCAACUACCUUCCUUCAGAAUGCUGGACAAGCACACUUGAUCAGCCAGUGUGAGCAGCUAGAGGGGGAGGUUGGUGCUUUCCUUCAGCAGAGGCGAUCUGUUCUGCGUGGAUGUCUUGAACAGCUGCACAACUAUGCUACUGUAGCUCUUCAGUACCCCAAAACAGUGUUUCAGAAACACCGCAUUGAGCAGUGGAAGACCUGGAUGGAAGAACUGAUUGUUAACAUGACAAUAGAACGCUGUCAGGAUCUUUACCGGAAGUAAGUUGUCAGUUGUUUGCACCCACAGAAAGUGGGAGGGUUAAAUUAUUUCAAGUCUUUGGUAGUUAAAUUUCUGCGGGAAAAUAAAUUCUCAGAAUACACCAUACUAAUUUCUACAAAGUUGAGCUCAGUUAAGUGUUGUGUAUGUGUCAACAUGUAAAACGUUAAGUAUUUCUCUGCCUCACGUAUCUCAACAGAAAAUGGUAGUGUUUAAGGGUAGAGCACAGAUGAUGCUAGGCAUCACAUUACAAUAUGCAUGAAAGAAUAUAUAUAUAUUUAAAUUAUUUGUAAUUUUAUUGUUUGUCAGGUAUGAAAUUCAGUAUGCUCCUCAGCCGCCUCCAUCUGCGUGCCAGUUCAUAACUACUACAGAAAUGACUUUGCAGCGAUAUGCAGCAGACAUCAACAGCAGGCUUAUCCGACAAGUGGAACGUUUGAAGCAAGAAGCAGUCACUGUUCCUGUGUGUGAGGAACAGCUAAAAGAAAUUGAGCGUUGCAUUAAGGUCUUUCUUCAUGAAAAUGGAGAAGAGGGUUCAUUGAGCUUAGCAAGUGUUAUCAUCUCGGCUCUCUGCACUCUUACCAGGUGAGAUGCUUGCAAAAUUUGUUUUGUUUUUUCACCCCUCCUUCAAAAAUACAUUUCCCAAGGAUUUAAAUACCUUUAAUUUCAUAUGUAUCAAAUUUACUUAACCAUAAUUCAUGCAAAUGCUUUAUCUAGAAAUAGAAUAUACCACAUUUUUCCAUGUAUAAGACAAUUUUUUUUCUGGAAAAAAAAUAGUGAUUGGGGGUUGUCUUAUACAUGGGUUAAUACGGUAAGUAAGCAAGGGCUGGAGCCCCCAGUGGUAGUUAUGGCACCACUUCCGUCAGCUAGAGCAGGGGAUCGUUGAAAAACAGCUCAACAACUUUCUAAACUUUUAAAUUUCUUAAUUUUGGGCUCCUACAAAUAGGGCUCAUCUUAUACAUGGGGUUGUGUUAUACAGUGGUACCUCGGGUUAAGUACUUAAUUCGUUCCGGAGGUCCGUACUUAACCUGAAACUGUUCUUAACCUGAAGCACCACUUUAGCUAAUGGGGCCUCUCGCUGCUGCUGCGCUGCUGGAGCACAAUUUUUGUUCUCAUCCUGAAGCAAAGUUCUUAACCUGAAGCACUAUUUCUGGGUUAGCAGAGUCUGUAACCUGAAGCGUAUGUAACCCGAGGUACCACUGUACAGGGAAAAAUACGAUAGUAUUCUUUUUAAUGGGUUUUAAAAGAUUAAGAUGCAUAAAUUGGAACAAAAACUUCUGUUUAUUUACAAACUUAUCUUUUUCAUUUAGACGUAAUCUAAUGAUGGAAGGUGCUGCAUCCAGCGCUGGAGAACAGCUGGUGGACCUGACUUCAAGAGAUGGAGCCUGGUUCUUGGAGGAGCUGUGUAGCAUGAGUGGGAACGUUACAUGUCUUGUGCAGUUACUGAAGCAGUGUCAUCUGGUCCCACAGGAUUUAGAUAUUCCUAAUCCAGUUGAAGCAUCAGAAGCUAUUCACCUAGCUAAUGGAGUUUACAUCUCACUUCAGGUGAAAUAUAUCUACAACGUGUGUUUGUAGCAGCUCAUGUUAAUGUACAAACCCCUUUGUAGUGAGCAGUAGUAAGUUGGAGUAAAGUUGGAAUAAAUUGGAAUAAAUCUACAAUCCUAAAUAGGUUUAUCUGGGAGUAAGACCCACUGAGAAUAGGGGAUUGACUUCUGAGUAUACAUGCAUUGUUUAAAUUGAGAGCAUAUUCUAAACACUUACAUUUUUUCUCCUUAUUAACCAGCAACACAUUAUACUUCGAAAACUCUUAGAUACUUUGCUGUUAUCUUCUUGUUUUCAUGCAUUUGUUGUUGUUGUUCUGCCAGGAGCUGAAUUCAAAUUUCCGUCAGAUUAUUUUCCCAGAAGCACUUAGGUGCUUAAUGAAAGGAGAAUAUACUUUGGAGAGCAUGCUGAAUGAGCUGGAUAACCUGAUCGAACAAGUUACUGAUGUUCCUUUGCCAACUCUGGUUGAGUCUCUUCAAGCUUACCUAAGAAAUGCAGCAAUGGGGCUUGAAGAAGAAACCCAUACUCAUUGUAUUGAUGUUGCAAGGUAAAUCAUUGGGUUUGUUGUAUCUGGUGCAAAUGCUUGCUUUAAGAGUUAGCUUGAAACAGCCCACAGUCAUGGGUCAUAAGACAACAUGCCAUAUGGUGGCUUGUUUGUGCCCUGUGUGACACCCACAAGACACCCACAUUCACAACUUAGCCAUGGUUUAAAAAAAGCUACAGCUUAGCAUGAUCUGAAAUGUGUUGAAGGAUUAGUCAGUUAUUUGACAUUUCUUUAACCAAAUGACAGUCCUGCUAUAGUGUUUUUCCUUAAAACCAUUUGGAUAUUCAGGUCCUAACUACCCUUUUUGCUUCUGUCUUUAGGAUGCUUCACGCCCAGUAUGGUGAACUGAUUCAGCCAAGGAAUGGCUCAGUUGAUGAAACGCCCAAAAUGUCAGCAGGCCAGAUGCUGUUGGUAGCAUUUGAUGGAAUGUUUGCCCAAGUGGAAACAGCAUUUGGCUUAUUAGUUGAAAAGGUAAGGUUACUACUAAAAAGAUUACUUACUAAAGCUAACUUUGGAAAUAAGGUCCAGGCAACUCCCAGUUCACAUGGGGGUUGCGUCCUGAGUCAUUGCGUGCCAUGCAAAGCUCACUUAAGUCCGCCCUUCCCACUUUUCCAGCCACUUGCAGUUUGCUGUGAUGUGCGCAUGCACGCAUCAUUUGGUCUUUGUCUGUAUUUGGCAGAUGACCUAACAUUUUUCUUAUUUUCCUUCAGUUAAACAAGAUGGAAAUACCUGUUGCCUGGCGUAAGAUUGACAUCAUCAGGGAAGCUCGCAGCACCCAAACUAACUUUUUUGAUGAUGAUAACAACCGGCAGGUUUUAGAAGAGAUUUUCUUUUUAAAACGACUGCAGACAAUAAAGGAUUUUUUCAGACUCUGUGGCACUUUUUCUAAAACUCUUUCAGGUAAGUGCAUACAACAUUCCUAGUUUACGUCUCAUUAGGUAAAGUUAAGCACUGUUGUCUGCCUUGAAUCUUAAAGUGAAAUUACAAAUAACGGUAUCUAUGUGUUAAACGAAAUAAAACAUUGGGCUCCACAGAUUCUCAUCUUGUAUUACCUGCAAGUUUUAAAGCUGUGAUGUAAUGACUACAGUAGCAGCAUUCUCAAAAUACAUGGGUUAUACAGUGCCAUGAACAACUUCUAGCAGUACCAUAAGUAUUAAGCUGUUACAAAAAAAAAAACUGGUUAAAAGGUGCAGAAGACAGCCAGUAAGCACAGGAAAUUUAUUUCCAUGCUUGCUCAAGCUUUCUUUGUGAAGAGCAAACCCAGAGUUUUCAUGUUUCCUCUGUGAUGUUUCAACACUUGCUUUAUUAUUGAACCAGUAUAUAUUACUGAAUGUAUUGACUGUUGAAUUAUUUUGGCAUUAUUUGGAAGGCAGCGAAACGGAAUAGAUGUUUGCUUCCAUGUUUUCAUUUUCCCCUAGAAAAGAACCAAGAACAUUUUUAAUUAAUUCAGGAAUGCUGUUGUGGAGUUAGCCAAAUCAGUGUGCCUUAAAGCAUGUACCAGCCUGUUAAAAUGCGGUUUAUAUUUAUCUCAGUCAGCUUGGACCUUGCCCAUUUGCAUUUCAUAAGAGUGCCAUUGUAAUCUUGGCUGCAGUUAAUUUAUGUUGUCAGCUCUCUAGAGCAGAAAUUCAAUCUAGAUUGCUGGUUGGUAGGUAUUUGUUCAAUGGCUGUUUCUUUUUUUCCCUUUUUUUGUAAGGUGUAAGUUCAAUUGAAGAUCAAAGCUCUAUGAAUGGACCAGUGCCAAUGGUAAACGUGAAAACCUUGUAUCGGAAUUCUUGCUUUAGUGAAGACCAAAUGGCCAAACCAAUCAAAGCCUUCACAGCUGACUUUGUCCGGCAGCUUUUAAUCGGCCUUCCCAAUCAAGCCUUGGGACUUACAUUGUGCAGUUUUAUUAGUGCUCUGGGUGUAGAUAUAAUUGCUCAAGUAGAAGCAAAGGAUUUUGGGGCUGAAAGCAAAGUCUCAGUGGAUGACUUGUGUAAGAAAGCUGUAGAACACAAUAUCCAAAUUGGAAAAUAUUCACAGUUGGUUAUGAACAGAGCAACAGUGCUGGCCAGUUCAUACGACACUGCAUGGAAGAAGCACGAUCUGGUGCGGAGACUUGAAACCAGUAUUUCUUCUUGUAAGACUAGCCUUCAGAGAGUGCAACUACACAUUGCUAUGUUCCAGGUGAGUCUUCAGACUUGUAUUUCCUUUCAGAAUAUUUGCUGCAGAUGUGGAAAGUUGCAUAAUAAACUAAUCGCCUUUGGCGCCAUACCUAAGUUGUGGAGAGAAGGUACCUCUUCAGAUUUUAAACAGUACCAUACAUUUAGAAGUAGCUUCAUACUGUUUUCCACGUUAUUGAUCUGUGGAGCAGCCCUCUUCGUCAUGUGAGGUGAACUUCAUGGCUGCAUGAGGAUUUGAGAGUCCUUAUUUCACCAACUUUGUCCAUUUGCCCCUUGUAACCUCUCUCUUCUUGAAAGCCUGCAGGGUGGAUUUCCUGCAGGCCUCUUGACAAUGCUUUGAAGCAGAUCCUGUUCUCUGGUUCUGAGGGCACUUUGGAUUUCCUUUUUUCUAGGCAGAAACCCUCUAUCUUUGUUAGUCAUGAAGUUUAUAGCUACUGUUGUAGCUGUUGGGUACAGCUGAAUUGUCAUGCUGGUGUGGAGCAAAAUUAUUAAGUAACAUCAUCAUAUUUCUCUCAGCAGAUCAAUGUACAAUUUGGAUUUUCUGCAAAGCAGAGUCAGAAUUCUGACAACUUUCCUUUUAAAAAAAGCAAAGCAAAGGGGAAUGACAAUCAGAACCUUUGGUGCACUUAAGGAUUUUAGAAGCAGGAUAGCUGCAAUUUUUCAAAAGAGCUGUCACUUGACAUUUACAGACAGUGUGAACAUAAACACUUUUUAUGUUGGUUAUGUUCGUUGCUUAUUGCUCUGUAAAUGUUCCUGGUUAUUGACUUAUGCAUCUUGAUUAGGCUCUUGGGGCCGUAUCUCACUGAACUUCUCAGUCUUACCAUUUAUAUAGCAUUAACAUAACGUUGAAUAGAAACAUCUUUUUCUCUUGCCUUUCAAAAGUGGCAGCAUGAAGAUCUCCUCAUCAAUCGCCCACAAGCCAUGACAGUCUCUCCUCCACCUCGGUCCGCAAUCUUAGCCAGUAUGAAAAAGAAACUUCAUACUCUUGGCCAGAUUGAAGCUUCAAUUGCAGCAGUUCAGGUAAGUUUCUUCACUGCUCCAUGGGGGAAGCAGUGGAGGACUGUUGAGGAAAAAUAUGGAAGCAAAAUAACUGGUCUUUCAUCAGUAUUUGGGAAUAUUGGUCUUCCAGCUCCAUUGUUACAAUAAAUAUACUGAAACUGCAAGAAUGGUAAUGGAUGUUUGAAGUGCCUUGUUUUCAAGUCAUACAAAUUUCCCCAGUUACAACAGUGUUCAAUCCUACUUUACUGUGGGGCAUGUUCAGGGUUUUGAAUUAAAGUCAAAUCUUUAAUAACAGUUUUUACAAGAUUGAACUCUUUAGACUCUUAGAUUAAGCUGAAAAUCUGUAGUGACUGUUGAUGUAAUUUUUGAUAGCCCUCCACAAUUUGAUCACUUUGGAAGCUGGUCAUAAGAAUCUGAGCCAAUGUCAUCCUGCAGUGUGUACCCUAGAUUUGAUAGCUGAAUCUAGGGACCUGUGGCAGGGGUGCAGUGCACGAGUGUCUUAGGUUGACUCUUAUCAAAUCAGUAUCUUAUGUACCGCUUUUGGAGAGUCUCCAGAAUUUUGUAUAUUUUUGUUGUCCCAGGUUGCAGUGUCAUCCAGUCAGCUAGUGGCUGGGUAUGUGGAAAUGUGUAUAUGUCGCAACCCUUCUCUCUUCAAUACAUGGAUACUGAUACUGCAUAGAGGCAUAUUUUGAAAAUAUAAUUUUGUUGGUUGGGAUAUAUACUGUUCUAGUUUGCCCUGCUGGUUGCCAGAACUGAAUAUGUUGGAUUCCUUGCCCUUGUUAUAAUAGUAGUUAAGUAAUUGCAUCUGUUCAGGCCCCAGGUAUAAGCAAAAAUUGUAAGAUUUAAUGCUUUUGAUUUUCAUUCUAUCAACAAUCUCAGGAAAAGCUGGCAGCACUUGAAGCAAGUAUUGAGCAGCGUUUGAAGUGGGCAGGAGGCGCUAAUCCAGCAUUAGCACCAGUUCUUCAAGAUUUUGAUGCCACAAUAUCUGAAAGAAGAAAUCUUGUCCUUAAGGAAAGUCAGAGAGCCAGCCAGGUACUACAAAUAGCAUGAUGUGAUGAGUUUGAGUUUAUUUUCACUAACAAACUGUGUAUAAGAGAGCAAAAAACUUUUAUCAGAUGGGAUCAGGCUUAAGGAGAAAAGCAUUUGCCAUAUGUAGGGAGCUGUUUUGGAGUGAAUACUAAUGAGGUCCAAAAUACAAAGGGCUGUUUGGGAUUUAGUUAUUUGUGUGUGUCGUAACUAUCUAGCAGUACAUAUUGUCACAUUUCUUUCUUUGUGAUACUUUGAAUUGAGUUGCAUUUUAAUCACAUUUGACAUCAUUAUCUUAGUUAUUUGGCUUUGACUUUAAUUUGUGGUGUAACUACAUCUCUUGAUAGUAUAAUAUAUAUCAUAACUCCUUCGUGAUUCUUGAUCAUUUCAGUUUAGGCCUUGUUUAAUCUUUGGUCCCGUAAUUUCUCAGCCCAUUGUAAUAAUAUAAAAAUUAUACAAGACAGCUUAAAACCUAGAUUUUAAAUCAAGUCUCAGACCUCAAAAUAUUUUGUUGGUGCUGGUGGGCUAAAUUUUGAACGAUUCAACAAAAAUUGUAAUUCAAGGUGUGGGUGUGUAUAUGCAUAUAUAUAAAAAAUUGGGUGUGACUGCAGAAAAGCACUAGAAUAUAUAUGUUUUAAAUAAAGUAGUCAGUUUCCUCUCUGGCAGCCUUUCAGUGCAUUUUUUGAAAAUAAAAUCUAGAAGCUUAAGCUGUGUGUGAAUGUUAUGAGCCUUUUCUCUCUGUGCCUUGUCUUUCAGGUUACUUUCCUCUGUAGCAACAUCAUUCAUUUUGAAAGCUUGCGUACCAGAACAGCGGAAGCCUUAAACCUAGACACUGCCUUGUUUGAACUUGUCAAACGUUGCCAGCAAAUGUGUUCCUUUGCUUCACAGUUUAACAGCUCAGUUUCUGAACUGGAACUUCGUUUACUUCACAGAGUGGUGAGUGUAAGACACACACACACAAUGGGUGGGGUGCAGUGGGCAGGGAAAAGGUGCAUUGGCUUCUUUUACAUAUAAUACCAAAUCAUGUUAGGCUGCAAGAACUGUGCACUGAGGUCACUCUCCCCCUUCUCCUUGAGGGUUCUGAUUCUCCCUCUCAUUUCCUAGUUCAGGCAAACUGGUUUAUGAAAGCCAUAGCUUCCUUCCAAAUGAGAACUGGAAAAUUCUGACUUCUCACAAAACAUAGUUUUGUUGCAAAAAACAACGACAACCAUCAAAUUGCCUGAAUGAGGAAAGCAAGGAGGGAGUACAUGAGUAUUAAAAAAAUGGUUGGACUAAUGUGUGUUAACAGGAUCAUCUGUCUCAACUCCGACAUGCCAAACCAUGUUGUGUUGUUUAAUCAUGCUGCCAAACCAUGUUGUGUGUAGAAUCCAGAUCAUGGUCUUGAGCUUGCAAGUUUACAGGCAAUCAGUGGUUGUUUACUGCUCAGUGGUGUUCGUUUUCUGUCUGCUCAUCACUCCCAUCUCUAGGCACAGUGAUCUCUGGGAGUGAAGCAAAUACUGUUACUAUAGCUUGUCAGUACAGAUACCAUGCUAAACUUGUUGUACACCUUGAUUUGUAAAUAGUUUCUGGUGCUGACUUGCCAGACAAUGUAUCAAUUCAGCCUUCAUGAUAAAUCAUGGCAUUAUUUUAGUCACUGUUUGCUUUGAAGUCUGAACUGAACCAUUGCAAAUUAUAGUAACAACACACACCUCAAAAUGCCUGUGCUCGUUUAAGAUUAUAAUUGAGGUGGGGGUUGGCAGCAAGUGUCUUGCAAUCUGACUUUAAUACAUAUAUUGAUUUUAUUUGCCUCAUUAAGCAAAGAGGCUCAGGGUACUAUGCACUAAACUAUCUUUCUUAGCUUCAGAAGAACACUGAGAGUUUAGACUGGCAAAUAGUAAUUUGCUCAAAGCCUCUAAGUUUCAUAGCUCAAUGGGGAACUGAUCUGGCCUUGCUUGGAGAUGAGUUUCAGUAGCUUGACUGGCAUUUGGAAACUUGUUUUGUUACAGGGCACCAAUCUCGACCAUCCUAUUGGUAGCACAGAAUGGCUUCUUUUGGCUCAUAAGCAACUGACGCAGGACACGUCUACCCAGAGGACCGUGCAAAUAGAGAGAGAGCAACAAAUAGAAACUGUGUGCGAAACCAUUCAGAAUCUGGUUGAUAGUAUUAAAACUGUGCUCACUGGACACAACAGGCAACUUGGGGAUGUCAAGCACUUGCUGAAAGCCAUGGCAAAGGUAAUGCCCAAUUAUUCAUUGGUGGGGGAAUAGAACAGAAAACAUUUUGAUGUUCAUGGAAUACUUUCUGAAGUUAUGGGGAGGUGGAUAGUGGAUAAAAACUAUCAUUUUUCCAAGCUUCUGUUUCCAAUAGUGAAGUCAUAAUAAAUAUUACUUUAUUACAGGAUGAAGAAGCAGCGCUGGCAGAUGGUGAAGAUGUUCCCUAUGAGAAUAGUGUUAGACAGUUCUUGGGUGAAUAUAAGUUAUGGCAAGACAAUAUUCAGACAGUUCUGUUUACAUUAGUUCAGGCCAUGGGUCAGGUUCGCAGUCAAGAACAUACUGAAAUGCUGCAAGAAAUUACUCCCACCCUGAAAGAACUGAGAACCCAGAGUCAAAGGUAAGCAGACAUUCUCUGAAUUCUUGUAAAUUUGUGUAUUUGGCUAAAAACAAAGAAUAUAAUGCAGGCAUAGGCAAACUCAGCCCUCCAGAUGUUUUGGGUCUACAAUUCCAGUCAUCCCUAGCUAACAGGACCAGUGGUCAGGGAUGGUGGGAGUUGUAGUCCCAGAACAUUUGGAGGGCCGAGUUUGCCUAUGCCUGAUAUAAUGGAUAGAUUAUAGUUAUUAGAAGCACAGAAAUGACAUUCUUAUGACACUUGGAAUCAAAGGGUCUAUUGUUAGGAGGGAGGGAUUUAGUUAUGUUUCAGUCAGUUUGUUUAUUUGUUAUGUGGUUCUGAGUAUGUUUGUUUGCUGGCUGAGGAAAGUAUAAUAGUGUGAUACAAUUGUAUCAGCAUACUUUAUUCAACACAUAACUUCCUCAGCUUAUGUAUUUUCUUAUUCUCGAAAACCUACUAAUUAUUUUUUUUAGCCUCACAAAAACUGACAGGAUCCCCUAAUAUUGUAAUGCAUCAUCUACAGAGUCUAAACAUCUAAACUUUCUCAAACUGUGCCAAAAUACUUUUGAAUUAUCUAACAUUCUUACACAGGCUUUCUGUUUUUUGAUUUCCAGAUAGGUCAUGUGUCAAGAUUAAUAUUGAUCAUUUUCCUUUUUUCCCCUAGUGUCUACAAUAAUCUAGUGAGUUUUGCAUCUCCCUUAAUCACGGAUACGCCAAAUGAAUGCUCAAGUCCAACAUCUGUUGCUACAUGUCAACCAACAUUUGCUGCAGGUAAAAUAUGGAAUACAUUGAAUCUAAUUUCCCUGCCACUGAGCUUGAAUGUAGAUGUUGUCAUCGUUCUUCUAGAUGUAGUAGAGCAGUCUACUUGCUAAAUUUCUUCAUUGUCUUCAAGAAGACAAAUGUCAAGGAGUUAAACCACCUGUCUUCAUGCAGACUUACCAGAGAACCUGACUAAACUCUGCUUACCAAAGAGUACUACUCAUUUCCGUUAGCAUGUUCAUCAUUCUGAGAUAGGGACUCCUUGGGGAAAUGACUUAAUGACUGCCUCCUACUUGAAGAUCUUCCAAGUCUACUAGGAACUACCCACCCACGAGCAGAAGUAAUAUUUACACUAUUAAUAUGUUUUCCAUAUAAGGCUCUUGCAGAAUUUUACUAGCUUAAGGCAUCUAACCAACAAGUGAAUUUUAUUGGUAAGGUAGAUAAAUUGAUACCCAUGGCAAGCCCAAUGCAAGAUGCUGAAGCAGAUUCUAAAACUCUGUUUACAGGACUUCCAUCCAUAUUCAGGUACCAUAUGGAUACUUGUCAAGAAAGGGAGGGCUCUCCAUAAACAUUUGGUUUGCUGAGCAUCUCUGAAAUGACACAUCUUGCAUAUAGGGGGAAACCUGGUAUCCCAACCUUGUUAGCGAAGUAGGUUCCACUGCAGCUUAGGUUGUUAAGAACUACAGUACAUAUGAGUGACAUACAUACUCUCAUUUCAGCAAGGAAUGGAAACGUAAAAACUGAAUUCUUCAUGCAGCUUGCUUGACCUGUUGAAAGGCUUUUUUAUUUUAAAAAAAACCUAUUUGAAUUAUCUUGAUCCAUUUCAGUCAGGCUUCAAUUUUAGAUUGCUUUGGUUGAUGGAAGAGAGACAGGGCAGGUCCAACCUUGUUGGUUCUUUUUAAUCUCUGGGUUUUGAUACCAUCAAUUAUUGUAUCCUCUUGGAAUUGUUUGGUGGAUUGGGGCCAUGGUGAUACAGUGGUUCUGCUCAUAGCUGCAGGCAGUGUCCAAAGAGUAGCAUUGGGUGACUUCUUUUCAGCCUUGAGGUAGUUGAGAUUCAGGGCCCUGUGCAGUUCCAUUUUGCCCCCAAUCAGUGGCUGGCCGUGGCUCUCCAGGACUUCUGGAUAUGGGGUCUUUCCUAUUCCUACCUGGAGAUACUAGGGAUGGAACCUUUAACCUUUUGUAUCUAUUCAGCCAUUGAGCUUUGUCCCUUCCCUUAGCCUGGUCCCAGUUUUGCAUGGUCAUGUGACAUCAGGCUCAGGAAGGAGGGGUGUGGUUAGGCCAAAACAGCCUGGUGAGCCAGCCUCUGAGGCUUGGUGGGCCUAAUUUGGCUUGCAGGCUGAUGGUUCCCCUCCACUGUCCUAGAAGCACAGAUGACCAUGUUUUUCAGCUUCUGUCACCUGCUUACAACAACUUGUUAAUCCAGGCUUCUGGUGGACUUGGUAAAGCCUGCUGUGGAUUGCAGUUUUGUUUUGUACUAUACUGUUGUUGUUGAAUCUAAGAUAAUUUUAAUUGUGUUUUAUUGCUUUACAUACUGUGUUUUAUUUUUUGUGUUGGCAACAACAUUUUGACCACACAAUGGAAAAGUGGUCUACAAUUGUUGGAAAUGAAAUCAAACCAUGACAUCAUAUAUUGACUUUAUUUUGAAGCCAUAAAUCAUAGCUUUUGGUGCUGAAAUCUGACUUGUUCUGCCAUUCAUGUAAAGGCAGCAGAUAAACUACUACAGUAAGCUUGCAACUCAUGUGGGAGCUACGUUCCAGGGAUCGCACCGAAAGCCAAAAUCGCAUAUAGUCAAAACCCAUUGGGCUCAGUGGUGGGCAGUGUUGCCAAAAUCAUUUCCCCCAGAACCCUGUCCCCUUUUAAUUUUUUUGCUCUGCAUGUAAGGGUGAAUAUGCGCAAGUUAAAUGUGCAUAAGUUGCAGGUUUACUGCAUAAGGGAGCUCCAUGGACCCACAUGUAGGUCAUGCAAAUCUUAUUAAGCCAAUCUUUGGCUUAACUUUGCCUGUGCACCCAAUCACUGUGUGGGCUGGAGGCCUGAAAUCAGUGUCUUUGCCAAUGCAUUAUAUGUUUUGUAGGCAUGUUUGGUUUUGUUGUAAAACAAAACAUUUUUCUUUUUGAUUAUGAAUAAAACUUACUUGGUUCCUUUUUAUAGCGUUUUAAAUAUUUCUUUUUCAUUUGUUGACAGCGGUCCGCAGCAAUACGGGGCAGAAAACUCAGCCAGAGGUCAUGUCGCAGAAUACAAGAAAGUUAAUUCAGAAAACCCUUGCACCAUCAGCAGAUACUCCACCGGGGGUAAUUACAGGCGCUGGAAAGAGUGUUGUUUCUAGUCCUAAAAAAGCCAUCAGGGACCCCAAAACAGGAAAAGGUAAGUAGCAAUAUUAAAUUUAUGUAGAAAGAUAGGCUUUGUAAUGAGCAACACAUUAAGAUUUGCAUGGACUUGGUGUUUUUGUUUUUGUUUUUGAAGCUGUGCAAGAGCGGAAUUCAUAUGCAGUAAGUGUGUGGAAACGUGUCAAAGCCAAGUUAGAGGGCCGGGACUUGGAUCCCAACAGGAGAAUGUCCGUUGCUGAACAGGUAAUUUGAGGAGCAAAACUUGUUCCCUUCCCUUCAGAUGAUUUUAACAUUUAAGUUUAUGGAGUUUGUGUGGGUGUGUGUGAGAGAGAAUGAGAAUAUUUUUAAAUGUGCUCUGAUAUGUUCCUGGAUGUUCAGUGGAAAAAGUUUAUUCGUAUAAGCAUCAUUUUCCUUUGAAACUUCACUCCUACAUACCUUAAAUUACCUGGCAGACUAGUGUGCCCUCUUGCUUCCUUUCUGCUUAGCCCAUGCCAUUUGAAGACAACCAUAUGCAAGUCAUGUCAUGGCUGGCAAUACAUUAAACAUUUCAUUGCUAAACUGUCUUUUGGCUUGCAAAAAUAAUGGGAAUUUUUCAUAACCUAUGGAGACUUGCUGGCUUGUUUUAGACAUGUAAAAAUGGUUGGUUGUUACAUAUUUUAACCAUAGCUGGUUGUAUCCAAACAAGGUAUGUGUGUUUUGUUUAAAUCAGUCUAACAAGGCAGGAUAUCAAGCUGGGAUCCAGGUUGGAUAUUCUGGCUUGUUAAACAAAAACGUAUGGUUUUAACAAAAUACCACUUGCCGAGUUCAGGCACAAUAAUGGCAGCCUUAAAUCUUAUUUCUUUGCACAUGCACAAUAAUAUAAUCGUACAGUUGGAAGGGACCCCAAGGGUCAUCUAGUCCAAAUCCCCCUGCAGUGCAAAAAUCUUUUACCCAAUGUGGGGCUUGAACUCACAACCCUGAGAUUAAGGGUUAUAUGUUCUACCCACUGAGCUAUCCUAGGUCCUGAGGCUCUUGCCAUCUCAUUCAUGUAAACAACACAUGGUUUGGUCCUAGGUCUGAACCUGGCCACUUACAGUUUUUAGUAGUGUCUGCUGUGUACAUGGACUAUAAAUGUUAAAAGGAGUAAACCGUGGUCUUCCUAGAACUCUAACGUAAACUUUUCAUAACUAAUGGUGAACAAACUUGCUGCUGAACAUGCUAAUAAAGGUGGUCUUGAAGUUCUCUGAAUGUACAAAAUCCAAAUCCCUAACUUAUUUUACAUUGCAAUUUCUUAGGUUGACUAUGUGAUUAAGGAAGCAACUAAUCUAGAUAACUUGGCUCAGCUGUAUGAAGGUUGGACAGCCUGGGUAUGAACAGGAAGAUAGCAGGUCAGUCUGGUUCAGCGAGGUCAGACAUCCAGCAGAAUCAACUCGGCCUCAGGCAUCCAUAGCAGCACCACAGUCGGUGGUGAUGCCUUUCUGGGGCUUAAUGUGAGGAAACCUAGGCAAUCUCGGUGCACUGGGAAGUGAGUCCUGCAGAGUAGCUGCACUCAGGGAUACGCUAAACACAAUGGCCUGGAACCCCCAGGGUCAAGGGUGAAAGCUCACCGCCUGAACAACACGGCUGUCUUUCUGCUACAGAAGAACUGCAAUCGUGUCGGGGGGAAACAUAGCUGCAGAAAGGAAAUUGGGAAUGCUACAUACCGCAGAGUGAUUUGGAACCCAGUUCCACCUGACCCUGUGAACAAUCCAGGAGAAACCGAAACCGAAAAAAGGGGGCCGUGAAGAAAUCGCAGCAAAGGAAGAUUUGAGAGAUUGAGUUUCUUGAGUCGCUCUUGUUGCUUGGCAACAGUGCUGGUUGAGUUGACCAGUUUGUGCAAAAAAUGAAUAAAUAAAUGCUACAUGAGAAUGAACUUCAGAAAUGGACUGAAAAUGCAAAGAGCUGCAUGUCAGCUGUGUUGGAAGAACCUCUUUGAGAAGAGAGAGCCUUUGUGUCUUUUUUUUUUUUAAGUUCUUUCCCACUUCUGGUUUAUUCUUGUUCUUUAGAUGUAUUUCUAAUAUGUUUUUAUUUCAAUCCUUGUAAUUUCACUGUUCAGUCAAAUUAAUCAUUUCUUCUUUGUUUUUUGCAAACCAAAUUUUCCAAAAGCACAGGGAACGCUGAACAUUUAAGCAAAUCUUUUGUGUUGGCUGAUCAAACGCAAAUGGUUGGAGUUUUGGUUCUUUUAAAGUGGUUUUUUGUGAUUCUAUCAUGUACAGUUUCCCCAAAUUCACUGUGCAUUUCAAAGUAAUGAAUCUAACAGACAUUUGGUUUUCAUGUGCACCUCCCUCUGCUUGCAGUGUACACUCCUUUUUGUAAUUCAAACCUUUUCCUCCAAAACACAUUCUACUGUGAUUUUGCUGUAGUUUCUUUUGUAAAUGUAGGUACUCCAAUGUAAUCUUUACCUUAAAAAUGAUUAGAAUAUCUAAGUAGACUCUUUUACAUUGUUGAUGACAGAAAAUCAAUAAAGUCAAGUUCUAGUGGAGGUAGUUUUAUGCUGUUUGAUUCAUUUCAAAUUUUGAUUUACACUUGUAAAUGUAUACUGUUUCAGUUCAAUCUGGGAAUUUAAAGAUAGACAUAAAUACAAAGCUAAAGUGGACUAUCUCUUUUUGUUCAAGCGAAAUUGUACAAAGAUUUGUGUGAAGUUACAUUUCCAUAUGACUUCCAAUAGGUGGUGUUCAGUUGUGAAUUUCUCAGCAAGUUUUCCUAAACCUACCUUGCACUUUUGAACUAUGGGUGUGACAAAAGUUGCUAUUAAAACGGCACUUUAAAUCAGUCUGUUUCCAUAUGUCCUCAGUGUUUUACUUGCCUGCUCACUAAAAUCAUUACAUUAGGAACUUGUUUUAACUUUGCUUUAGGAAAGAACAGGCUGCUUCUUAACUCAGUUAUCACUAAUCGGUGUCAUGUUUUGAUAGGCACCACUUCCAAAUUGAACUUGUGGGGCUAUGUGAACUUAUUUAAUUUGCUUUGAAAGCUGUUAAAUGAGGACAAAUCAAAUGUUCCCAUCACUUCCUCUUUAGUCUCUUAAGGAUUUUAAAAACCUUUCCAACAGUUAAUUUUUUUAAUUGAUGCAGCCUAUUUAUUGGAGUUUGAGCUUUGGCCUUUGUUUUGAAGAGUUGCUAUCAAAUAUAUAUUAAGGUCCAGCACAAGAAGAAGCUAAUUAUUCCAGCGUUUUUAUAAUGUGGAAAAAUUGUUUUGACUUCCUCAGAAUAUCUGAUACAGAAGUGACUUGAUACUGGUAUCAGUCUUCCACAUAGGCGCUAGCUAUCUCACCUUUUAAUUACCUGCCCUAGACAUGUCAUGUGCACUGCCUACAUAUUUACUAAUGCUUGUGAGUAAAUGCAUUCCAACUCAGUACUCUGGAACUUCGCUCUUAGCAUUGCAAGAGUGAGAGGUUUGCUUUUCAGUAAAAUUCAGUUAAGGCAAAAUCCAAGCAUUUGGUGAGUGUACCUUUAUUUUCCUUGUACGAAACAUCCUUAAUGAGCAGUCUGUAUCCAAAUACGAUUGGGAUAAGAUGGUAACAUGUUUUUCUUUCCUUUGGGAACCAGGGGUCAGGGCAGGCUGCUGCGCUUGUGAUUCAUGUAUUAUUAUACCACACUAUCCAGAAAUGUGUAUGGAGACGGGGGUCUUUACUGCAUAAUGUAAUAAAGCUCAAAAAUCUAUUUGUAUUCUUCA